AUGGAGGUGUUGGGUCACUUGGUUGAAAUUAGAAUCUUAUUUUCUUCCAGGCUGACCGGUAUGAAUCUACCUUCCCCCGUCAUCAGCAGCAAGAACUGGCUACGGCUGCAUUUCACAUCCGACAGCAACCAUCGGCGGAAAGGAUUUAGUGCCCAGUACCAAGGUAAGGGGUCAGUGUCAGAGGGCUGGGAGAGAUCCCCUCCCAUUGCAGGCAGUCGUCAGUGCACUUGGCAGUGAGUUCUUUUACCACAUCACUUGGCAUGCUCUGCCAGAGCUCAGCUAAACAUGACAUCUUGGCCUGGCCUGGAUUCUGCCAGCACACGGUUCGCAGGUAUAUGCAUAGCUAAUUCUCUGGUUUCUUUUGACGAAGUUCAACAAGGCUUGAGGUCCUCCAGGCUUAGUCACUAAGUGUAGCCCAAGAUACUUCUGACUAAAAGAGAGUUCGGAAACUAAACCCAUUCUGCACAUUAUAUUCCUAUUAUUUUGCAUUUGUGUGUAUUUUCCGGUAAAAUUACAAAACUCCUUUUAUUAAUACCUGGCGAGGCGAUGAAGUCAUAUUGGAGAGAGGAUAUCUCAUACUGAACCUAUUUCAGCUUUCUCAGGGUUUAAUUAGCUUCCCUGCAUGACAUAAUUACCAGAUUAGAUUGUAUCCAAAUCCAAAUUGGCUCCGGCAGACACAAAUGCAAACUGCCUGCUGGGAACUGAGCCCAAUGGUGCUAGGUGACUGUGUGUCCACCACUAUUCAAGCUGGCCCUCUGUUGCCCUGCACAACAAAGGACUCCUGUGCCUUGGAUGUACUGAUCCAUAAAGACUAAAUAGCACAGCCUCAAUAAGGCUGGUUGACGUUUAUUGGGAUGAAUCUUGUCCUGGAGGCAGAGCUGAGCAAUUUCCACUAGAUGGGCCAGCUGCAAAGUCAAAAAUGGCUAUAUAUCAUAAAAAAUCAUGAAAACAAACAUUUGCUUUUUUGGUCUUCAUUUAAGGUUAGGGUUAGGUAUAAGGUUAUCAGUGCGGUUAAGUUUAGGGUCAGGUUUAAAAUCUGAUUUUAUAACUUUGUGGCUGUGCCAGCUAGUGACGACCCUGCAGAGCUGCCUUCAGUACAUGAGUCUUCCCAAUAAAUGCCAAACGGCCCCAAUAAGAGCACAGAAGCCUGGGCACAUUGGCACCACCCUGGCCCUUUGCAUUCACCUGGAGGACAGCUUGACAUCUCUGCUUGUGAACCCCAGCUUCAAAGGAUUUUGGGGAGGCAGGGAGGGAGGGAGGGACAGAGAGAGAGAGGGGGAAGCUGCUUGCAUAUCAAGGAAUCUCACAGAAGUGUUUGCACGUUGUGACACAGAUUUUCUUUCAGCCUUUGCUCUUAGGGUGUUUUGCUAAUUAAUAUAAUACUAAUAUAUAAUAUAUGCUAAUUACAUAAAUGGAUUAUAAUAUGCAGUAUAUUCUCUCUCCAACAGUGAAAAAGGCCAUUGAACUGAAGUCCAGAGGGGUGAAAAUGCUUCCAAGCAAAGACACAAACCACAAAAAUGCUGUUUGUAAGUACUGUCUUAUGCUCAUGAGGUGCAGUUUUUACCCACAUUACAGUUGUAAUCAUAAAAUCAAGUAUAUCUUAAAUAGUGUUGUCUUUCCCCAGGCAGUCCAAAACAGUCCAGAAAUGUACAGUUACGAUAAGCAUUUUAAAUUACGAUAAGUAUUUUAGGAUGUGGUAUUUAGUAUUUUAUUCGGAUCCCCAUUAGCUGUAGCUGAAGCAGCAGCUACAGAGUCAAACGAAGUAGGUUUUCUUACAAAGUUAAGUCAAACUGAGUGAUUUUCUUCCUCCGGAUCUCCACCUACAUUGGACAAGCCCACUUUGUGUAAUAAUUCAUGCCAUCUGUAUGGGUCCAUUGAUAGUUAUAUGAUCAAUGUAAAUACAGUACCAGUCAAAAGUUUGGACACAGCUACUCAUUCAAGGGUUUUUCUUUAUUUUUACUAUUUUUUACAUUGUAGAAUAAUAGUAAAGACAUCAAAACUAUGAAAUAACACAUAUGGAAUCAUGUAGUAACCAAAAAAGUGUUUUAUAUUUGAGAUUCUUCAAAUAGCUACCCUUUACCUUGAUGACAGCUUUGCACAAUCUUGGCAUUCUCUCAACCAGCUUCACCUGGAAUGCUUUUCCAACCGUCUUGAAGGAGUUCCCACAUAUGCUGAGCACUUGUUGGCUGCUUUUCCUUUACUCUGCCGUCCGACUCAUCCCAAACCAUCUCAAUUGGGUUGAGGUCAGUGGAUUGUGGAGGCCAGGUCAUCUGAUGCUGCACUCUAUCACUUUCCUUCUUGGUCAAAUAGCCCUUACACAGCCUGGAGGUGUGUUGGGUCAUUGUCCUGUUGAAAAACAAAUGAUAGUCCCACUAAGUCCAAACCAGAUGGGAUGGCGUAUCGCUGCAGAAUGCUGUGGUACUCAUGCUGGUUAAUUCUAAAUAUAUCACUGAUAGUGUCACCAGCAAAGCAACCCCACACCAUAACACCUCCUCCUCCAUGCUUUACGGUGGGAAAUACGCAUGCGGAGAUCGUCCAUUCACCCACACCGCGUCUCAUCAAGACACGGUGAUUGGAACCAAAAAUCUCAAAUUUGGACCAUUGCUUGUGUUUCUUGGCCCAAGCAGGUCUAUUCUUCUUAUCGGUGUCCUUUGGUAGUGGUUUCUUUGCAGCAAUUCGACCAUGAAGGCCUGAUUCACACAGUCCCCUCUGAACAGUUGAUGUUGAGAUGUGUAUGUUACUUGAACUCCGUGGAGCAUUUAUUUGGGCUGCAAUUUCUGAGGCUGGUAACUCUAAUGAACUUAUCCUCUGCAGAGGUAGCUCUGGGUCUUCCAUUCCUGUGGCGGUCCUCAUGAGAGCCAGUUUCAUCAAAGCGCUUGAUGGUUUUUGCGACUGCACUUGAAGAAACUCUAAAAGUUCUUGAAAUUUUCCGGCUUGACUGACCUUCAAGUCUUAAAGUAAUGAUGGACUGUCGUUUCUCUUUGCUUAUUUGAGCUGUUCUUGCCAUAAUAUGGACUUGGUCUUUUACUAAAUAGGGCUAUCUUCUGUAUACCCCCCCCCACCUUGUCACAACACAACUGAUUGGCUCAAAUGCAUUAAGAUGGAAAUAAAUUCCACAAAUUAACUUUUAAGAAGGCACACCUGUUAAUUGAAAUGCAUUUGAGGUGACUACCUCAUGAAGCAGGUUGAGAGAAUGCCAAGACUGUGCAAAGCUGUCAUCAAGGCAAAGGGUGGCUAUUUGAAGAAUCUCAAACUGGUAGUGUAUGUGCAUAAUUCUAUUGCACGAUUGCUAUUCAUUACCCAUGGGGUAUACUACACAUGGUUAUAUUUAAAUGCCCCCUAACAGAUUUUAUCUGCCAGAUUUAUCAUAUACUAAAUCCACUAAAUCUACCCAGUCUGACGUAUGCAUGGUGUUCAGGUGGUUUCAGCUGUGUUGUGGCCCUGUGUAGCUCAAUUGGUAGAGCAUGGCACUUGCAACGCCAGGGUUGUGGGUUCGAUUCCCACGGGGGGCCAGUAUGAAAAAAAAAAAAUGUAUGCUCUCACUAACUGUAAAGUCGCUCUGGAUAAGAGCUUCUGCUAAAUGACUAAAAUGUAUGGAUAAAGAUGUAGGAUCUUCAUUUGAGCCAGUUUGCUACAGCAGGAAAAUAAUCCUGCAGCAACAGGAAAUGUGAGUUAUUAUUAUAUUAUUAAUUAAUGGACAUUUUUGUAGGGGAUUUUUCACAAGGGAAAAUCACAUCUGAAAUUUAAAAGUGGGUGAUCAAAUUACAAUCCUACAUCUGUAUGUAUGUGCACAUACAAUAUCUUUGACCUGACAAAUAACCACCUUUGAUCGAAACGCUGUAACAAGAAAUACAGUUAAUUUUUUUCAUUCACACUGGCUGAUGGCCCAAAAUGCAUUUAGAACCCAGCUAGUAUCCAGGGAAGAAAUGUCUCUAUACAAUUAAGGUCAUAGUAUUUUUUUAAAUAAAUAGUUUUUUAAGUGGUAAUAUGUUUGAUUAUAAGUUAGACAUGAGUAGCUAUCACACAUAAUUCUGUGCAUAAUUGAUUAUGAUGAUUUUCACACAUCCAAAUGUACACACAUACCAUAAUCCAACUUGCAGUGUUUGCUUAGCGUUUAAUGUUUGCACAAUUUCCAUAAUGUGUUUUCCAAGAAGAUGCCCUUGAUGCAAUCUAUAAUGGUAUGGGGAAAACAACCCCUCUUUAACACCACAUUGUAUUAAUAAUUUGUUCCAUGCUAUGCUUCAUAAAGCAUGUUCUAUUGCACUUAGUGUUACUAAAUGGCUGACUUUGCAAAAGUGAGGCACCAUUCCUAAUCUGGAAUUAGCAUUUUAGGUACAUUAUAUGGUGAUAUUAGAUCCUGGAUGGAUAAACAAAUAGCAAUUAUAAAAACACUAUUGUGUGACGCUGGUGUAACCUUGUCAACUGAGCAACAUAAUGCAAUGUAUGAAAAAAGUCCUCUUUAUAUACUUGAAUAGCAUCAAUAGGCUCAGGUAAUUAUUAAGUUUGUAACUCUUAACUGCCAUUAAAGCUUUCUAAAUUCUGCAAAGGCAGAAUUGAUGUGGUCAUUCAUACACAGGAAUAUGCAUAUUAUCACCAUCGCCAGACACUUUUAGAUGAGGGAUUAAGCUCAGGUCCUGACUCACUGCGGUCAUUAAAGAUCCCAUGGUGCUCAUUUAAGGAGCAGAGGUGUAAAAUCAUGCACUCUGGCCAAACCCCGGAUGUAUAGCCAGCCUACUCGUAAUGUCCUCCAAGACAUCUAAUUACUGCAGCUACAUUUCAGUUGGACAGAAUUAUUCUCAUCUUCAUUGAAAUGGCAGAUUUUUUGUUAAUUUUGCUGAUGGCAGGAAAGAUGUCUGACAUCGAUCACCAAGGUCGCUUCACAUGUUUCACUGGAUUAAAAUUCCAACCACCUACACAGUGUGGAGCCUGUGUUUGCCAUCAAAGGGGUUUCCCCAUUGGACCAAGAAUGAAUUGAUACUGAUCCAAACUGGCUGCCCACCUCUGUCAAUUGGUUGCUAGCUGUUUUAAACUAGACUAGAUCCAAUGUUUAGGAUAACAAGAUAAUAUAGAAGAUAAAUAAAAAUAAAUGCUUCCACAGUUUAUUGCAGCAUUUCGACCAGAAGGUCUUUGUCAGGUUGAAGUUGAAGUCCUGACGAAGACCCUCUGGUCGAAACCUUGCAAUUAACAGCGGGAGAAUACAAUAAUGUGUGUGGGCAUUCAUUACCCUUUCUUUUGAUGGUCUGCACAUCCUGAUCAAAAGAAGCACCUCUACCUGCACACGUUUAGCAGAUUGAUUGCAUGUGGGAUGAAAGAGUUCUUUGUUCUAUUGUGAUUAACAUUGGGUAGUAUAAACAUUCAGGCCUGAAUGAAGAAGUUUGGUAUUCAAGCUACAUUGGUCACUAUCUUUACCUAUAACAUGCUAGAUACUGUAGUAGAUAUUGUAGAUACUGUAGAAUAUACUGUAGAAUAUACUGUAGUAGAUACUGUAGUAGAUACUGUAGUAGACACUGUAGAUACUGUAGAAGAUACUGUACAUACUGUAGUAGAUACUGUAGAAGAUACUGUAGAUACUGUAGAAGAUACUUAAGAUACUCUAGUAGAUACUGUAGUAAAUACUGUAGAAGAUACUGUAGAAGAUACUGUAGUAGACAAUGUAGAUACUAUAGAAUAUACUGUAGAUAAUGUAGUAGAUACAAUAGAUACUGUAGAAACUGUAGUAGACACUGUAGAUACUAUAGAAUAUACUGUAGAUACUGUAGUACAUACUGUAGUACAUACAUGUAGAUACUGUAUACUGUAGUAGAUACUGUAGAUACUGUAGUAGAUACUGUAGAAGAUACUGUCAAUUAUGUAUAAGAUACUGUAGAUAAUGUAGUAGAUACUGUAGUAUAUACUGUAAAACAUACUUAAGAUACUGUAGUAGAUACUGUAGUAGCUACUGUAGAAGAUACUGUAGAUACUGUAGUAGAUACUGUAGAAUAUACUGUAGUAUAUAUUGUAGUAGAUACUGUAGUAGAUACAGUAGAAACUGUAGAUACUGUAGUAGAUACUGUAGAAUAUACUGUAGUAUAUAUUGUAGUAGAUACUGUAGUAGAUACAGUAGAAACUGUAGAUACUGUAGUAGAUACUGUAGUAGAUACUCUAGAUACUGUAGUAUAUACUGUAGUAGAUACUGUAGAUACUGUUGUAGACACUAUAGAUACUGUAGUAUAUACUGUAGAUACUGUAGAAUAUACUGUAGAUACUGUAGAAUAGACUGUAGAUACUGGAGAAGAUACUGUAGUAGAUCCUGUAGUAGAUACAGUAGAUACUGUAGUAGAUACUCUAGAUACUGUAGUAUAUACUGUAGUAGAUACUGUAGAUACUGUUGUAGACACUAUAGAUACUGUAGUAGAUACUGUAGAUACUGUAGAAGAUGCUGUGGAUACUGUAGAAUAGACUGUAAAUACUGUAUUAGGUCCUGGAGUAGAUACUGUAGUAGAUAUUGAAGUAGAAACUGUAGAAGAUACUGUAGAUACUGUAGAUACUGUAGAAGAUACUGUAGUAGAUACUGUAGAUACUGUAGAAGAUACUGUAGUAGAUACUGUAGAUACUGUAGAAUAUACUGUAGUAGAUACUGUAGAUACUGUAGAAGACACUGUCGUAGAUACUGUAGAAGGUACUGUAGAUAAUAUAGUAGAUACUGUAGUAGAUACUGUAGAAGAUACUUAAGAUACUGUAGUAGAUACUUUAGUAGAUACUGUAGAAUAUACUGUAGAUACUUUAGAAUAUACUGUAGAUACUGUAGUACAUACUGUAGAUACUAUAGUAGAGACUGUAGAAUAUACUGUAGUAGAUACUGUAGUAGAUACUGUAGUAGAUACAGUAAAUACUGUAGAUACUGUAGAAUAUACUGUAGUAGAAACAGGAAAUAAUGUAGAUACUGUAGUAGACACUGUAGAUACUGUAGAAGACACUGUAGAUAUUGUAGUAGAUACAGUAGAAACUGUAGAUACUGUAGUAGAUACUGUAGAUACUGUAGUAUAUACUGUAGUAGAUACUGUAGAUACGUUGUAGUAGAUACUGUAGUAGAUACUAUAGAUACUGUAGAAGAUACUGUAGAUACUGUAGUAGAUACUGUAGAUACUGUAGAAGAUGCUGUGGAUACUGUAGAAUAUAAUGUAGAUACUGUAGUAGAUCCUGUAGUAAAUACAGUAGAUACUGUAGUAGACACUGUAGAUACUGUAGUAUAUACUGUAGAUAAUGUAGUAGACACUGUAGAUACUGUAGUAGAUACUGUAUAAACUGUAGAAGAUAAUGUAUAUACUGUAGAUACUGUAGGAUAUACUGUCAAUAUUGUAGUAGAUCCUGGAGUAGAGACUGUAGUAGAUAUUGUAGUAGAUACUGUAGAAGAUACUGUAGAUAAUGUGGAAGAUACUGUAGAUACUGUAGAAUAUACUGUCAUAGAUACUGUAGAAGAUACUUUAAAUACUGUAGAAGAUACUGUAGAAGAUACUGUAGAAGAUACUGUAGAUACUGUAGAAAAUACUGUAGAUACUGUAGUAGAUACUUUAGUAGGUGAAUCUUUCUGAGAGCUGUCUGUUGUAUCAUGAUGACCUUACUGAAUACCAUCACAAGCAUAUUCAGUCUGUUCCAAGUAUUGGGGUUUACUUCAAAUUCCCAAACUAGGCAGCCAUGGAAAAGGUUAAAACAGAUGAACAAAUCUAUAAAAUAUAGUCACUGUAGUUAUAUUUAUAAUGAAAUAAUUCUCAGAAAAUAAAAUGAUUUUACAAAUUGGUAUCUGUAUGUGCAGCAAAGUUCAGUUUGUUAUCGGUGACAGUACCCACAUUUUUAUCUUAAAGAAGUCAAUCCGGGGAUCUUGAAUGAUAGUAGUCCAGCGGCCGUUGGUGGAGUGGAAAGUUUACCUUUCGCAGCAGAAGUGAGCUAUGUGGUCCUCAUCAUUGAUUAUAACAGUAGUCUAGAGAAGUCGAAGUGGGGAGGCUGUGAGAGGAGUGGAUACUUUGUUGUAGUUCUCCCUGCUAUAAAUUAUCUGCUAAAAAACACGCUGACCAACAAAAUAUCUUUAUUAACUUGAGAAAUAAAACUAGGAUGAAAGUAAAGUCAUGACCCUUUGAAUUUUCAAACCAUAGUCCUAACACAGAAAAGUGGAGUAAGAUUAUCAUUGGGCAGAACAGGAAACAGAAAUGGUGGUGCAAAAACCACAUCAGUAAGCUGGACAAAAGCUUUGAUUGCAUGGUGUAACUUUUUAAACUAAUAUCAGGAUUCACAGGAGGUGACAUAUGAAGACAACAUCAAACAGAAAGACAUGACAGUUGAUCAAAAGGGAUAGCAAUGGCUGUCCAUAGCGCUCUCUCCAUCAACACAUUCUCUGACCUUGGCUUGAAAUGAACAUUUUAGCAUUAUUAUUACACUGGGUUUCAUGGAAUACGGUUAAUACAUUCUCAAAUACACUAUACAGAUGUAGGAUCUUAAUUUGACACUAUUAUAGUAUAUUCAAGGUUUAAAAGGGCUUCUAAAGUUUGUAAUUUCCACUUUAAAAUGUCAGACUUGAUUUGCCCUAACAGAAAAUGUAUCAACCCCAACAAAAAAUGACCAUAAUAAUUCACAUUUCCUGUUGCUGCAGGAUUAUUUUCCUGCUGUGGCAUACUGGUUCAAAUUAUAAUCCUACAUUUGUACGUUUCCUCCAAUAUACGAUUUCUCACAUGUAGCAUGUUGAUCUUUCAUAGAAAGUAAUGGUCACUUAAACCAAUACCACACUGUACAUUGAGAGUUCACUCAUAAAAAUGGUUUACAGUAUGAAAGGAUUCUGUAGUCUGUGAUUACUGUGUAGUACAUCAAAAGGAAUGGAUGGAAAAAGGGGCACUUUUCUUUUUCACAAUGCCUUUUGCACCAGCUUUUUGUGACCGAGUUACAGUUAUGUGUAAGUUGACCUAAUGUGGUUCUGGGGCAGUAAAUAAACUGAGGUUAUGUGACAGAAUGAUGCAGAAAUGAAGGUGAGAACACAGACACACACUGGCACAGGAAUGGUGGAAGAGGAUAUGUUAUGAAGCAUGACCUUUUCACGGUUUGUUUUCGUUGUAUUGCCACGAGCAGUGAAUCAUUAAAGCUCCUGUCAUCACAAGGUGGAAAUACAUAUUUCAUAUCUGAAUGCAACCCAUACAAAUGUUAUGAUGAAACAUUUACUUGUACAGGCUGUUUUAGUUCUAUAGCUGUUGACCCACCUGUUCAGAUAUUUCUCUUUAAGCAAAGCUUAUUAACAAGUUCAAUAUAAAAAUGGAUUGUUCUUUUGAUAAAUGCACCUAUCCAACUGUUGUUCUGUAAAUUGUAUGACCAUUUUCUUACCUUCUUACGUAAAUGUGCUAUUGUGCAUAUGCUAACAUACACUGAGUGUACAAAACGUGAAGAACACCUUCCUAAUAUUGAGUUGCACCCCAUUUUGCCCUCAAAAAAGCCUCAGUUCGUUGAGGGCAUGGGCUCUACAAGGUGUCGAAAGCGUUCCACAGGGAUGCUGGCCCAUGUUGACUCCAAUGCUUCCCACAGUUGUGUCAAGUUGGCUGGAUGUCCUUUGGGUGGUGGACCAUUCUUGAUACACACAGGAAACUGUUGAGCGUGAAAAACCCAGCAGCGUUGUAGUUCUUCACACUCUCAAACCGGUGCAUCUGGCACCUAAUACCAUACCCCGUUCAAAGGCACUUAAAUAUUUUGUCUUGCCCAUUCACUCUCUGAAUGGCACACAUACACAAUCCAUGUCUCAAGUGUCUCAAGGUUUAAAAAUCCUUCUUUAACAUGUCUCCUCCCCUUCAUCUACACUGAUCGAAGUGGAUUUAACAGGUGACAUCAAUAAGGGAUCAUAGCUUUCACCUGGUCAGUCUGUCAUGUUCCUAAUGUUUUGUACACUCAGUGUAUGUUAACAUUAAGCAAUGUGUAUUAUAUUGCAGGAUAGAAUACACUAAAAGUUGUGUCCAGGGUAUUGUCCAGGACAAUUAGAUGCAAGAUUAUUUUUUUGUAAUGUUUUUAUUCAACCUUUAUUUAACCAGGAAAAGACCCUUGAGGUUAAGAACCGCUUUUGUGAGGGGGAUUAGGUGUAAUGAUUUGUUUCAGUCUGUGUUGUGGCCAUUAGAGACUUUUAACUUCUUCCUUCACAUUAAUGUUUUCAGUGCAACAGCGCACAAUGAUCAAUGCAAUUUCCAUUCUGAAAGCCAUUAUUAAACCAAAUUGUCUCCCAAAGUUUUCAUUGAUAAUUUUACUGCCAAUGAUCUAAAUAUGCAGAAACUUUAAGUGGAUUCAUCUUUGUAUUCAUUCAUGGCUUCUGAAUUAAUGGCAGCGAUAGAGGAAUCAUUUUCUUUCAUUGAGACUAAUGACGCGUGAUCUUGUUAGAACAUGAAAUGAGGAUGAAUUGCUCUAAUCCCCUGAUUGUGAGAGUGCUGUUUGUCACCAUUGUCUCUUGCUUCUGUCCCUGUGUUUCUACUAUAAUACCUUUCCGAUUCUUGUCAGCACUUGUUAUGGCGCAUCAAUAUGGGCCUUUGUUAAAAGUCUCAGAGCCUCUGUAUAAUCCCAUAGCAAACUCUUAACCUUUUUUCUAACCAUCAGUGUGUAUAUUUUGUACUGUCAAUGAAUCAACUAGUCAUGAAAACUGUACAAUCAAGCUUAUCACAUUACUUAGAUUAUUAGAUAAAAAUAAAUAAAACAUUUGACUUACACGUACUAUACAGUGCACUUGAGUUGCACCACUUUCAUGGUAUUCCUCUAUGAUAUCUGUCACUAGUAAUUGAAUAGGUUUGGUACCUCUUUUCUCACCACUCUGUAUUCCACCUUUAUCCUCUUUCUGUAGUGAGCCAAGGGGGCAUGGCAGCAGACAUUUGUCCAGAUCCUGGGAUUCCAGAGAAUGGGAAGAGGAUGGGCUCAGACUUUCAGUGGGUUCCUUUGCGUCACUCUUAUCAGGUUUGGCCUCAGUGAAAUGGGAACUGUGUGGAACAGCUUUAAUCAAGGCGAGCCCUGCUGUGUGGAAUAGGCCUUUUUAAACCCCCACUGCUAUGCCAUCACCAGUAGUGACUGAAAUUACACCCGCACAAUAGGUGAUAAGACCCUCUUAGAGAAGAUGCCUUAAUUCAACAAGGGUCAUUACUGGUUUGUUAAGGAGGCAGAUGUACUUAUCACCAUAAAACAUUUAAAACAUUUGAGAAAUUGAGGGAACUUGUACACAGACCAAAAAAAGUUACAUUUGGUUGUUUGGAACACAUCAUAGCAAUCUACUGGUGUAAAGAGAAAACGUUUUAUCCCAUGUUGCUUGUUGCAGAUUUGACAGAAGGAAGUCUGUCACAGGCAUAGAGGAGUUAGUAGUUGAUGCCGUGCUCUGUGCGGCAUGUCGGUCACUGACGGUAAUUUGUUUCUCCAACUCCCACAGGGUCGGAGCCAGUAUCCAGUUUUCCUGUGAUGACAGCUAUGUGCUUCAGGGAUCAAAGAGCAUCACUUGCCAGAGAGUGACAGAGACGCUGGCCGCCUGGAGUGACCACAGGCCUAUCUGUCGCAGUAAGUGUGAACCCAGGCAGGCUCUUUUCCCAUCCCAACACUUUCUGUAGGUACAGAUAUGCUCUCUUAAUUUGAUCACCCUGUGUGGCAGAGCAUUUGGAAAUCCAAACUUGUAGUGUAUUCAAUGUUUAAUAAGGCUUCUAAAGUUUGAAUUUCCACUUAAACAUUUCACAUAAUAAUUCAUAUUUCCUGUUGCUGCAGGAUUAUUUUCCUGCUUUGAGAAACCAGUCAAAUUAAGAUGUACAAUGUCACAUCUCGUUAAGGGAGAUGGGACACACACACCAAUGAUAAGGAGGGUGUGAGGUGUUUAAUGGUGAGGCACGACAGUACAGAGAUUAAUGCAUUUUGAGGAUUUAACUGUUACCUACUACCCAGGUCAAUUACUUGAAUGUUCUCUAUUCCUCAUAUUACCAUGGUUUUAGCUGGAAUUUACAAAGGCUAUUCAAGAUUCAAUCCCCUUGAUUUAAAAGCAUUGAAUCGUCUUAUUUAUGUCUUUAUUGAGACGUGUAGUUGUUAGCCAUCUGUGAGAAGCAGUAACUCCAAAACUAUUAUGACUGCAUGGUUAACUUUUGCUAGCACAUACUGUGUACAAAAACAGAAACAUUUGUUUACUUUUCAUAUUUUUGCUAAAUGCACUAUUUAUCAAUAAUGCCUAUCCAUUUAGAUUUAGGGACGCAUUACAUGUUUUUUAGGGAAGCAUGACAUGUUUUUUAGGGAAGCAUGACAUGUUUUUUAGGGAAGCAUGACAUGUUUUUUAGGGAAGCAUGACAUGUUUUUUAGGGAAGCAUGCAUGACAUGUUUUUUAUUUUGUUUCACAGGAGAUUUAAAGCAAUCCAUAUAGGUUAGGUUAAGUGCUAGCAAACUGUAAAUUAUACCCACACAGUUGUGGCUAUACUGAUGGUAACUGAUGAUCGCCUCACAGUUAUAUUAUUGGUGUGUACAGGCAGCUAAUGUCCACUUGAGGUGAGAUCUGCAGAGGUCUAACUUUCAAAGCCAUAGAGGACACAGGCCUCCAGAUGACAUUAAUCAAAAUGAAAUGAGGCAGUAUGUCAGCCUUCCAGAAGGAAAGAGUAACCAUGUUUGACAAUUUCUUAGCACCAUUCCUGGGGAGUACUGAUCGAUCCAGACACUUUUUGUCACAGCGUCGCCCAGUAAACCCUUUAAGAAUAACACUCUACUACCCCCUCGCCCCCAGACCUCUCUCCACCAUCACCCCUUCCAUGCGGAGCUAAGUAACAGGUAGAAGCCAUUAAAUGUGAAGUUAAAAAGCCUCCAGAGAUCCACUGCUGCUCUUUACUCUCCCGGAUGGGCAUGAUCCCAGGUGAUUAUUUAGAGUUAAUUAUAGAAUGUUUUUCCGACCUGUAAAUUAAGGAUGUGCUCGUUUAGGAGUUUUUUCUACCAACUUCAGAACCCUCUGACUUUUCGAUAAUUAACAGGCGCACAGCGUAGUCAUCAGAGAUUUCAUAAUUAAUCAUUUUAAGUCAUUGUCCCCUGUAGCUCAGUUGGUAGAGCAUGGCGCUUGCAACGCCAGGGUUGUGGGUUCGUUUCCCACGGGGGGCCAGUAUGAAAAUGUAUGUACUCACUAACUGUAAGUCGCUCUGGAUAAGAGCGUCUGCUAAAUGACUAAAAUGUAAAUUGUAACCAGACAAAGGGUGAUGUCAGACUGCUUCUUCACCUCUUGAUGAUUUCACUCACCAAUCUUCAGGAUAAACGUUAAGUAAUGAGUAAGUAAACGUUGAGUAAUUAGGUGCAGUAACCCAAAGGUUGCUGGUUCGAAUCCCCGAGCCGGAAACCUGGAAAAAUCUUCGGUUCUGCCCCUGAGCAAGGCAGUUAACCCCCAACAACAACCACUCCCGGGCACCGAUGACGUCGAUUAAGGCAGCCCCCCACACCUCUCUGAUUCAGAGGGGUUGGGUUAAAUGCGGAAGAUACAUUUCGGUUGAAUGCAUUCAGUUGUGCAACUGACUAGGUAUUCCCUUCCAAUGUAGCAUUCACUUAUUUUAUUAUGAUAAAUGUAUUUGUAUUUUAUUUCAACAGCGAGAACGUGUGGUUCUAAUUCAAGAGGACCAAAGGGCUUCAUCACCUCUCCUAAUUACCCUGUUCAGUACGACAACAAUGCCCACUGUGUUUGGGUCAUAACAGCACUGGACAAUAGGAAGGUGAGUCACAUUUCUUUCUUUCUUUCUUUCUUUCUUUCUUUCUUUCUUUCUUUCUUUCUUUCUUUCUUUCUUUCUUUCUUUCUUUCUUUCUUUCUUUCUUUCUUUCUUUCUUUCUUUCUUUCUUUCUUUCUUUCUUUCUAUCACAUAAACACAGUGAGUUAUCAACAUGCAUAGCCUUGCUAAUGAGUCUCUCUGAAAGGUGACUGGUUCAACUUCAAUCAUUUAACACAGUUUGUGUUGUAUUUUGCAAGUUGAUUAUAAAGGCUAUGUCAAAAUCACAAUUUCGGAUGUAGUCAGAGAUGUUUUCGCUCCAAAUGAAGGGAAAUAUAUUGUAUUGUGACAGUGAACCAAUAGGACAUCUAAUGAAAGGGGGAUCCAAGCACAUAAUUAUCAUUAUGUUACGGUAUUAAUGCAAUGCCAUUGUGUUCAUUGGCAUACAAGUGGUAUUAGAAUCACUAAAUUAGCAUAACAAAUACAAGGGGGAAAUUAGCAGAAAACAAGCUUAUUUUGUAAAGAGGGUCCACUUAAAACGACUGAAUUACUGGUUUCUACUUGUCUUUUAUAUCCCUUGUGCCACGUAGGGGUCAGAGCACUAAAGAUAAAACAAACAGUAGUUAAUAUCUCCUGCUGUAAAUUAUGGAUAGUUCAAGAAGGAGUGCCUUAAAGGAAAUGGAAUGCUUCAAAAGGAUUAGAAAUGAAUAAUUAGUCACUUGGCUGUAAAUUGCUGCAUCUCUGAUGCAUAUGAAUUUCUGUAUGUGACCACCAGUAUUUGUUAUGUUGCCGUUGACACUGUCCACUCAAAACCAAAACUCCCUAUGAACAUAAUUGAUGGGACUUCACCUUCUUGGUGCAGCCACAGAACAGCACUCGGGCAAAUUAAGUCAAGCUAGAAAUGACUUUGAACAGCAUUCUCAAACUACUUUGUAAAGUGUCUCACCCAGGUAUUCAGCAUGCCCAAUUCAGAAACAAACCUGAUAAGAAUGGAUGUAUCUUGCACAUACUACUGUACAUGUUCAUUAGAGAUUUACGUUGGAUUUAUUAAGUGAGUUCAAAUGUACCAAUCUGUCUGCCGUGCAAAUUGAUAAGUUUGUUCCUUUCCUUAAACCUAUUCUCAACAAAUUUAGCAAAUUGUAUAGUGUAGAAUUAUCUGAAAGUUGUCCAUGUUUUGUAAUUAAAUUACUGUUCUGAAAUAUAUUUUUACCUGUAAUUAUUACAAGAGGCAAGUGCCAUUUUUAACUUGCUGUGGAAGUCAAGUGUUCAUGGUUUCCUUAUUUGUGGAAUGUCAUCAUUGAAACAUAUGAACAUUUAUCUUGGUGGAAAACAUGGGUUUUGACUUGGGUUUUAAAACAUUGGAAAAGAGACUCGAAGAUUGCAGAGAUCCCAGAGUCUCUUGGGACAGUGAGCUGACAGUUGUUCUUUUUUCUUGCUACCUUGUUUAUACUUAUUGAAACACACCGGAGACGUUUUUAGAAAAGUCACCCGACACAGUACCUGUCAGGGAAUAUUCAAUUUUGGAAAUUGCACCUUAAACGAUUUUGUUCAUGUCUGGAGUAAUUUUGGAUUCAUUUUGUUACCACAUUCAGUGGACACAAUAAUUUGAAUGAAUGUUUUGACUCACAAUUUGACUUGUUAUGCUCGGACCUGAGCUGUGUAUUUCAGCAUCACCUCGCAUUCCCUCAUAGGAAAAGGACGAUAAUCAAUUCAAUAAUGAAUUUAGUCAUUAACACAUUAAUAUACAGUGCAUUCGGAAAAUAUUCAGACCCCUUAACUUUUUGAACAUUUUGUUAUGCUACAGCCUUAUUCUAAAAUGGGUUAAAUAUUUGUUUUCCCUCAUCAAUCUACAUACAAUACCCCAUAAUGACAAAGCAAAAACAGGUUAAAAAACCCCGGAAAUAUCACAUUUACAGUGAGAGAAAAAAGUAUUUUGAUCCCCUGCUGAUUUUGUACGUUUUCUCACUGACAAAGACAUGAUCAGUCUAUAAUUUUAAUGGUAGGUUUAUUUGAACAGUGAGAGACAGAAUAACAACAAAAAAAUCCAGAAAAAUGCAUGUCAAAAAUGUUAUAAAUUGAUUUGCAUUUUAAUGAGGGAAAUAAGUAUUUGACCCCUCUGCAAAACAUGACUUAGUACUUGGUGGCAAAACCCUUGUUGGCAAUCACAGAGGUCAGACGUUUCUUGUAGUUGGCCACCAGGUUUGCACACAUCUCAGGAGGGAUUUUGUUUCACUCCUCUUUGCAGAUCUUCUCCAAGUCAUUAAGGUUUCGAGGCUGACGUUUGGCAACUCGAACCUUCACCUUCAGCUCCCUCCACAGAUUUUCUAUGGGAUUAAGGUCUGGAGACUGGCUAGGCCACUCCAGGACCUUAAUGUGCUUCUUCUUAAACCACUCCUUUGUUGCCUUGGCCAUGUGUUUUGGGUCAUUGUCAUGCUGGAAUACCCAUCCACGACUCAUUUUCAAGUUGUCCUGUCCUCUUAGCAGAAAAACACCACCAAAGCAUAAUGUUUCCACCUCCAUGUUUGACGGUGGGGAUGGUGUUCUUGGGGUCAUAGGCAGCAUUCCUCCUCCUCCAAACACGGCGAGUUGAGUUGAUGGUAAAGAGCUCGAUUUUGGUCUCAUCUGACCACAACACUUUCACCCAGUUCUCCUCUGAAUCAUUCAGAUGUUUAUUGGCAAACUUCAGAUGGCACUGUAUACAGUGGGGGAAAAAAGUAUUUAGUCAGCCACCAAUUGUGCAAGUUUUCCUACUUAAAAAGAUGAGAGGCCUGUAAUUUUCAUCAUAGGUACACGUCAACUAUGACAGACAAAUUGAGAAAACAAAUCUAGAAAAUCACAUUGCAGGAUUUUUUAUGAAUUUCUUUGCAAAUUAUGGUGGAAAAUAAGUAUUUGGUCACCUACAAACAAGCAAGAUUUCUGGCUCUCACAGACCUGUAACUUCUUCUUUAAGAGGCUCCUCUGUCCUCCACUCGUUACCUGUAUUAAUGGCACCUGUUUGAACUUAUUAUCAGUAUAAAAGACACCUGUCCACAACCUCAAACAGUCACACUUCAAACUCCACUAUGGCCAAGACCAAAGAGCUGUCAAAGGACACCAGAAACAAAAUUGUAGACCUGCACCAGGCUGGGAAGACUGAAUCUGCAAUAGGUAAGCAGCUUGGUUUGAAUAAAUCAACUGUGGGAGCAAUUAUUAGGAAAUGGAAGACAUACAAGACCACUGAUAAUCUCCCACGAUCUGGGGCUCCACACAAGAUCUCACCCCGUGGGGUCAAAAUGAUCACAAGAACGGUGAGCAAAAAUCCCAGAACCACAUGGGGGGACCUAGUGAAUGACCUGCAGAGAGCUGGGACCAAAGUAACAAAGCCUACCAUCAGUAACACACUACGCCGCCAGGGACUCAAAUCCUGCAGUGCAACACAUGUCCCCCUGCUUAAGCCAGUACAUGUCCAGGCCCGUCUGAAGUUUGCUAGAGUGCAUUUGGAUGAUCCAGAAGAGGAUUGGGAGAAUGUCAUAUGGUCAGAUGAAACCAAAAUAUAACUUUUUGGUAAAAACUAAACUCGUCGUGUUUGGAGGACAAAGAAUGCUGAGUUGCAUCCAAAGAACACCAUACCUACUGUGAAGCAUGGGGGUGGAAACAUCAUGCUUUGGGGCUGUUUUUCUGCAAAGGGACCAGGACGACUGAUCCGUGUAAAGGAAAGAAUGAAUGGGGCCAUGUAUCGUGAGAUUUUGAGUGAAAACCUCCUUCCAUCAGCAAGGUCAUUGAAGAUGAAACGUGGCUGGGUCUUUCAGCAUGACAAUGAUCCCAAAAGCUUCGUAAGAAGCAUUUCAAGGUCCUGGAGUGGCCUAGCCAGUCUCCAGAUCUCAACCCCAUAGAAAAUCUUUGGAGGGAGUUGAAAGUCCGUGUUGCCCAGCGACAGCCCCAAAACAUCACUGCUCUAGAGGAGAUCUGCAUGGAGGAAUGGGCCAAAAUACCAGCAACAGUGUGUGAAAACCUUGUGAAGACUUACAGAAAAUGUUUGACCUGUGUCAUUGCCAACAAAGGGUAUAUAACAAAGUAUUGAGAAACUUUUGUUAUUGACCAAAUACUUAUUUUCCACCAUAAUUUGCAAAUAAAUUCAUUAAAAAUCCUACAAUGUGAUUUUCUGGAUUCUUUUUUCUCAUUUUGUCUGUCAUAGUUGACGUGUACCUAUGAUGAAAAUUACAGGCCUCUCUCAUCUUUUUAAGUGGGAGAACUUGCACAAUUGGUGGCUGACUAAAUACUUUUUUCCCCCACUGUAUGUGCUUUCUUGAGCAGGGGGACCUUGUGGGCGCUGCAGGAUUUCAGUCCUUCACGGCGUAGUGUGUUACCAAUUGUUUUCUUGGUGACUAUGAUCCUAGCUGCCUUGAGAUCAUUGACAAGAUCCUCCCAUGUAGUUCUGGGCUGAUUCCUCACUGUUCUCAUGAUCAUUGCAACUCCACGAGGUGAGAUCUUUCAUGGAGCCCCAGGCCGAGGGAGAUUAUUUUUGUGUUUCUUCCAUUUGCGAAUAUCUCACCAGCUGUUGUCACCUUCUCACCAAGCUGCUUGGCGAUGGUCUUGUAGCCCAUUCCAGCCUUGUGUAGGUCUAUAAUCUUGUCCCUGACAUCCUUGGAGAGCUCUUUGGUCUUGGCCAUGGUGUAGAGUUUGGAAUCUGAUUGAUUGAUUGUUUCAGUGGACAGGUGUCUUUUAUACAGGUAACAAACUGAGAUUACGAGCACUCCCUUUAAGAGUGUGCUCCUAAUCUCAGCUCGUUACCUGUAUAAAAGACACCUGGGAGCCAGAAAUGUUUCUGAUUGAGAUGGGGUCAAAUACUUAUUUCCCUCAUUAAAAUGCAAAUCAAUUUAUAACAUUUUUGACAUGUGUUUUUCUGGAUUUUUUUGUUGUUAUUCUUUCUCUCACUGUUCAAAUAAACCUACCAUUAAAAUUAUAGACUGAUAAUUUCUUUGUCAGUGGGCAAACGUACAAAAUCAGCAGGGGAUCAAAUACUUUUUUCCCUCACUGUACAUAAGUAUUCAGAUACUUUGUUGAAGCGCCUUUGGAAGCGAUUACAGCCUCAAGUCCUCUUGGGUAUGACAAGCUUGGCACACCUGUAUUUGGGGAGUUUCUCCCAUUCUUCUCUGCAGAACCUUUCAAGCUCUGUCAGGAUGGAUGGGGAGCAUCUCUGCACAGCUAUUUUCAGGUCUCACCAGAGAUGUUCAAUCGGUUUCUAGUCCGGGCUCUUGCUGGGCCACUCAAGGACAUUCAGAGACUUGUCCCGAAGCAACUCCUGCGUUGUCUUGCCUGUGUGCUUAGGACCAUUGUCCUGUUGGAAGGUGAACUUUCGCUCCAGUCUGAUGUCCUGAGUGCUCUGGAGCAGGUUUUCGUCAAGGAUCUCUCUGUACUUUGCUCCGUUCAUCUUUCCCUCAAUCCUGACUAGUCGCCCAGUCCCUGCCGCUGAAAAACAUUGCCACAGCAUGAUGCUGCCAUCACCAUUCUUCACCUUAGGGAUGAUAUUAGCCAGGUGAUGAGCGGUGCCUGGUUUCCUCCAGACGUGACGCUUGGCAUUCAGGCCAAAUAGUUUAAUCUUGGUUUCAUCAGGUCAGAGAAUCUUGUUUCUCAUGGUCUGAGAGUCCUUUAGGUGCCUUUCAGCAAACUCCAAGCGUGCUGUCAUGUGCCUUUUACUGAGGAGUGGCUUCCGUCUGGCCACCCUACCAUAAAGGCCUGAUUGGUGGAGUGCUGCAGAGAUGGUUGUCCUUCUGGAAGGUUCUCCCAUAUCCACAGAGGAACUCUGGAGCUCUGUCAGAGUGACCAUCGGGUUCUUGGUCACCUCCCUGACCAAGGCCCUUCUCCCCCGACUGCUCAGUUUGGCAGGGCGGCCAGCUAUAGGAAGAGUCUUGGUGGUUCCAUACUUCUUCCACUUAGGAAAGAUGGAGGCCGCUGUGUCCUUGGGGACCUUCAAUGCUGCGGACAUUUUUUGGUACCCUUCCUCAGAUCUGUGCUUGGUUUUUGCUCUGUCAACUGUUGGACCUUAUAUAGACAAGGUGUGUGCCUUUCCAAAUCAUGUCCAAUCAAUUGAAUUUACCACAGGUGGACUCCAAUCAAGUUGUUGAAACAUCUCAAGGAUGAUCAAUGGAAACAGGAUGCACCUGAGCUCAAUUUCGAGUCUCAUAGCAAAGGGUCUGAAUACUAAUGUAAAUAAGGUAUUUCAAAGAAAAAAUAUAUAUAAACAUUUUCUAAAAACCGGUUUUUUCUUAGUCAUUAUGGGGUAUUGUGUGUAGAUUUUUUUAUUUAUUUAAUCCAUUUUAGAAUAAAGCUGUAACUUAACAAAAUGUGGAAAAAGUAAAGGGGUCUGAAUCCUUUCCGAAUGCUCUGUAUUUACCUCCGAUGUGUCAGUGUUUGUGUAUGUAACUAGUAGACAGUAUUCAUAAACAAAUAGUGUAAUGCUUUUGACAAAACAAUAUCCUUGGGACACAAAACGGUAGGCAAAAUGUAUAGGGACAGUUGUUCCAAUCAGACAGUGAUUAUUUUGGAUGAGUUACAAAACAUCAACAACCUAUACAAGGUCAAAUGGAUGUUUUAAAAGCAUUUUAGAAGUUUUAUCAACAAAUGAAGACAAAACAGAACCAUUGAGCCAGUUGUCAUGCCUUCUGGUUCUGAAUAAAAUGAAGAAAUCAAAAGUGCCCUAAAAUAUUGUAUAUAAGCCAGUUGAAGGAACAAUCACCAAGGUGCGCUGUCAGCUUGCAAUUGUGUUGAUAUAGACCACAAGUGCAGUUUUCUCCUCUUGCUAAGUCUUCUGUAAAAACACUUUCUGUUUUUGACAGGGUAAUUGAGAGGGUGGUAUUGUAGACAUCUCAUUUAAGAUUGCCUCAAACUGCUUACUACAAAGUUUGACAUUCCACACAGAUUGCUUGUCCAAAAACUUCAGAGGUACUUAGCAGAAUCACAGUUGCGUAAAAAACAACAACAUAUGUUUACCUCUGUUGACGGUAUGGUAUCACAGAGACAUAGAGAGAAGACUAGUGAAGAGUGCCAACAGUCACUUGUUUCAGGAUGUAUGUAUGGUUAUGGCACAGCUUGACAUUUCAUUGAAUAAAAUGUAUCCUCCACAUUGGUAUUUGUUGUAAAAGAUUAUAAUCUCCUUUGUAUUAAUGUAUUAUCUCUUUAUAAUCAGUGGACUUUAUUGUAGACUAUAGCUAUGGCGUACUCUAUCUAGAAUGAUACAAUUUUGUGUUUACCAUUUUAAACAUCUCCCUAAUCUUUUUUGCAUCUUGAACUCUGUAAUUCAUUACGGAUGGAUUGAUUACCUGACAAGCAUAAUGAGCUGUAAUGCUUUCUGUUCAUAUUGAUGCUGACCAAUCGUGUUAUCCAUGCCUUUUGUGAGGACAUUUAGGAAUCUUGCUCUGUCAUUCAAGAUAAUUCUCAUUUUAGAGGUCAAGGCAUGUCCUUAACCACUCCAAUGAGGCUGUUGGAUAGGUUAUUUUUUAAAUCAUUACUGGCUGCCAAAAGAGAGUCGCCAUGGACAUGGAUAUUGCUCUCCAUAUUCUAUUAUUAUUGUAAAUGGCAGGUCAGUGUGUAAUUGCUAAUUUAUUCCUAGCUCUGUCUGUCUAUCUGCUUGUUACAGUCACCAUGACAUCAUCACAUUGCUGUAUGUAUUUGUAUAGUUUCUGUAUUUCAUUGUUAUUAAAGCAUAGGUCGGAAUUCAAUUUUAGCGCAUAUUGGUUUCCUUUAAAGGAAAACUCCACCCCAAAAUGAUAUUUUGUUUCAUUAGUCCAUUGCUGACAUAGUCCGAUUUUUUUUUGCUUGUCAGCACUCAGGUUUUCAAGAGAUGAAACUUUCAAAAUACAGAAAUCAUCCCCAUAUGAUGCAUUUUGCAUCAUACAGGAUGUAUUUAUGUAUUUUGAAAGUUACAUAUUUUGAAAACUUGAUUGCUGACAAGCAAAACAUUUUGGGACUAUGUCAGCAAUGGACUAAUGAAACAAAUACCAAAAUAUAGUUUUGGGGUUGAAUUUUCCUUUAAUGCUAUUUCUCUCAGGUGGCACAUGCUGUAUCGGAGGUGUCAAAGGUCAACAAAGAUUGACAUCUCAUGGACAUUGGAUUGCCACAAAGCCACAAUUAUCCUUAGACAAUUUUGAGUUUUCGUGCGCUUUGUAGUACAAUGCAUGACGAUUGAAUUAGAAACAGAGGGGGCUGCAGUCUAAUUAAACAAGUUGAUCAAAUCUACAAAUCUAUUAUUGUAUUGUUAAGUUCCAUUAAAAUGACUAUUAUUCUUGGUUUAGCAGCCGUUGGUCAUUGAGGAAAAAUGUGUUAGAUCUUGACAUUAGUUAUUAUUAUCAUCAAUCUCUGCAAUGUUUAAAAACAUAUAUACAGUAUAUCAGAAUAGUUGAGUUUACAAUGCAGGGUGAGUGAUAAGUGGCUCCUGAAAAGUAAACUAGCUACCAGUGAACUCGUACCAAGGGUUUAGGCUCUCACAUUGAUCAUUCACUUUGGGCUUGCUACUACACAUUUCAGUGAGGAUAGCCCAACCUACACAGGUAAUACAUUUGCGCUUGGAGUCUCAGGAGGAGAAAUAUGGAUGGGAAUAAUGGUUUUUUAAUGGUCCAAUUGAGAGAAUUUGAGGAUGUUGAUAAUGGACUUGUCCUAAUUAAGCUUCAUUUCUUCCCUUCAAGCAAUCUCUUCUCAAAUCCAAUUUUCUUUUAACUGCCUUUCUUCUUGUGCCGGCAUCAAAAGUGGAGGCAUCUUUUUUUCUCAAGUCUUUGUUCAUGCCCAGGCAUUGCAAAUAAUUGAACUACUCUUUUCCAUUUCAUCAUUGCAUUGCCACCACUAAAUUAUUUGCAAAUGUAUUUCAUGGUUUCAUUAUUUCAGUCUCCCUGGUAGCUGGGACAGUGGUGCUUUUUGCAAAUACUAUGCAAUGCUAAUUAUUCUGUUUAUCACAGCACACACAAAACAGAUGCGUUUGAAAGUAUAGAGCUGCAGCAGCUGCAAUGUCUUUUGCUGCUCUAAUACGAAUAAGCUAUGUUUGUCAUACCAGAGUACUAUGAUGUUUUUCUACAAUACAUGAUAAAAGACUCAAUAUUAUUUCAUGGGAUCUAUGGUUGGAAUUCAAUCAUAGCGCAUAACAUUAUUAACAUUUUAUUGGAUUUUGAUGCAAAACCACACCAAUCCUGAAAUAUUGAUUUAAUUACUGCAGUAGGCUAAAUCAGGGUCACACAGAGUGUUUCUUGGUAGUCUUAAACAAAUCUACUUUGAAACAAAAGUAUACACCUCACACACAUGGUUAUGGUUUAAAAAAAGAAGACACCUGUACCAUGUCAGAUAUAGAGAUUUUUUCUUCUUCUAUAAUGUUCAUACAUUAUGAAAUUAUGAAAAUAUUCAUAACAUUCCACCCAUGAGGCCACUAGUUCAUUUGACUGCAGGAAAGGGCUACAUCCCAAACCACGGUUGACCCAGAUAUGGAUUGUUUACUUUUUCCAUGAUUUUAAAGGGAAUUUGUUAUGAUUUAAUUAUUUUAAUUGAUACCAUUUAUAGGAAAACAAAGCACUUUGUAUCAGAAUGAAUAGAAGAAUAAGAAAAUAAGCAUUAUGUAAACAGUACAAUUGCAAAAUGGUUUAUGGCCAAGAUAUUGUGGCUGUCCUUGAACCAAUGUGGAACAUGUGUCCUGUUUUGAGCAGGUUAUCAAGCUUGCCUUUGAGGAGUUUGAUCUUGAGAGAGGAUAUGACACGCUAACAGUGGGGGACGGAGGGAAGAUUGGCGAUGCCAGGAGAGUGCUCUAUGUGUGAGUAUUCUGCAGAUGCCCUGAAUUUAUACUAUCUCAAAACUUUCCCUCGAAAUGUUCCCUCUAACCUUUCCCCCCAGCAUUCACCGUAAGAUUUUUAAGUUGCACCGAACUAUGUUCUAGUCUACACAGAUGAAAUAGGACAAUGCAUUGGGGCAGUUAUUCAGAUAAUACAUUGAACAUAAUUGUCAUAAAUUAAUACACAUUUACACCUUUACUUGAAAAUAAUGACCAUCAUUUUUGGAGCAUGAAAACAAUAAAUAAAGGUUCUGAUUUGAGUAAGAGACAAUAAGUUAAUGAGUCAUUGAGUUCCAUGUGAUGUGUUUCAGGCUGACAGGGUCCAGUGUUCCUGACCUGAUAGUCAGUUUGAGCAACCAGAUGUGGCUCCAUCUCCAGUCUGAUGACACCAUCGGGUCACAAGGGUUCAAGGCCACAUAUGAAGGUACACUUCCUUUCUUCUUUGAGAACAUAUUCAAUGGUCUGCCAAAUAAUGGAUUUGUCCGGAUUUAAACCCUGUACAUCUACCAUUUAAUGUUGAGGCCAUGAUUAUUUGAGUCUCAAAGUUGGCGCGACUUUUCAGCAAUUUCAUUGCGUUUUUUGGACGACCUUUACUGACACCGGUCAUAUUCAACAGGUGUUGCACGUUGGUAAAUUAAUCAGUUAUUCUGCGCUCCUGCACACUCAGACGAGAGUGCUCUGAAAUCGGAGUCGAUAGUUAGAGCGAAUUUACGAACGCACCCUUAGAGAGAAUGAUUCCGUAAAUAACAUUAUACAACGGGUGGGUCUCAUCCUGAAUGCUGAUUGGUUAAAACCGCAUUCCAGCCAAGUCAUCAUUUCUACAGUUUCAGCGAAAGAUUAAAGCAAAUGGGCCAGCAUGUGUUCGACAUAGUCACUGAUAUGUUAGAGUUAUCCAAAUGGGCCAGCAUGUGUUCGACAUAGUCACUGAUAUGUUAGAGUUAUCCAAAUGGGCCAGCAUGUGUUCGACAUAGUCACUGAUAUGUUAGAGUUAUCCAAAUGAAAUGCACUGGCUGAUUUUGGAUAGGCUAACAUAUAACAGCAACGCAAAGUUCUAUGAAUAGGGUUGCAAAAUUCUGGUAACUUAACCAAAAUUCCCUGGUUUUCCAAAAAGCCUGGUUGGAGAUUUCCCGGAUUUCCUGCUUAUUCCGUUGUAAAUACAUUAAUGUUCAAACCAGGCUUUCUGGAAAACCGGAUAAUUUUUGGAAAGUUACCAGAGUUUUGCAGCCCUAUCUAUAAAUAUAUCUAAGCAUCUGUUUCAAUAAACACUAAUGUGCAGAAUUUGCCUCCACCAGCAUAAACGGUUAUUCAUUCCCAGUAUCAGAUGGUUGGACUAAUUCCUUCCAAUUGAUGAAUAGCACUGAACUGGCACUAAUAAGUCACUCUGGCAAAGUCAGACCCACAUUAAAGUAGUGUCAUGCUGUGAGAGGGAAGAGAUUUGCGUUGCUGAUACAUACUGUAGGGACACUGUUUGCUUUGGAAGUUGUUUUCCAUUCCACUCAACUGCUAGGUGGAAGUAAAUUGUAUUUAAGCCCCUGUUCAAUCAAACCUGGUAUGCCGAUUUAUUGCCACAGUUAGACAAAUUAUUGUUCUGACUGGGAGACCGUGUUUGUAUUGCUUUAAUAAUGAAUCAAUGUGAAACUCUGUGAAACAAAAAUGAACUCUACUGAAUAUUAAUUCACAGAUACCUUUUUAUAGCUAGAACCAGGCCAGAAAUGGCAGGACACCAAUAUGGAUUAAGCAGGGCAAUUAGCUUGUAAACAAUAUUACAACCCAUAAAACAGCUAUGCUAUAGGCUAGUUGGUAGUUUAUUGGAAUAGACGCCAGAGUCUAUCUUGUUUUCUAAACUGUUGAGGUUAUCCAUGGCCCACGACCCUCUAUGAACUUUUGAAAGUUAUUAGUUUACAUUUUUGUGUGGAAACAUUGAAUGGAAAGUCCAUUGUCACCACCAUCCACUUUCCAUUUAGAGAUGACUAUUAUCUCGUCGCGUCUCAACCCUUACGUUAUAAGGUCACACUGACAAUCCACUUUCCAUUUAGAGAUGACUAUUAUCUUGUCAAGUCUCAACCCUUACGUUAUAAGGUCACACUGACAAUCCACUUUCCAUUUAGAGAUGACUAUUACCUCCUCAAGUCUCAACCCUUACGUUAUAAGGUCACACUGACAGUUUGCACAAUCGACAACUUAACAUGAUGCAUAACCCUGCACAAUGACACAACCUCAAUUAACUUUGUGUAAACCCAAUUUCAAACCAGUGUCUACAGUCCAGGUGUCACAGUUGACAUUAAAACCACUAGAGGUGGGACUUAUUUUCAGGGGUUGCAUACAGUAGGUGUCCAUGUCUAAUGUAUAUACAAUCUGGGGGAGUAUUCAGUCAGGCUUGUUCAUCUGAAGACUGUCUAUAGGCCACAUACAAUGCUUUGCAAAAGUAUUCAUCCCCCUUGGCGUUUUUCCUAUUUUGUUGCAUUACAACCUGUAAUUUAAAUUGAUUUUUAUUUGGAUUUCAUGUAAUGGACAUACACAAAAUAGUCCAAAUUGGUGAUGUGAAAUGAAAAAAAUCACUUGUUUCAAAAAAUUUGAAUAAAUAAAUAACGGAAAAGUGGUGCGUGCAUAUGUAUUCACCCCCUUUGCUAUGAAGCCCCUAAAUAAGAUCUGGUGCAACCAAUUACCUUCAGAAAUCACAUAAUUAGUUAAAUAAAGUCCACCUGUGUGCAUCUAAGUGUCACAUGAUCUCAGUAUAUAUACACCUGUUCUGAAAGGCCCCAGAGUCUGCAACACCACUGAGCAAGGGGCACCACCAAGCAAGCGGCACCAUGAAGACCAAGGAGCUCUCCAAACAGGUCAGAGACAAGGUUUUGGAGAAGUACAGAUCAGUGUUGGGUUAUAAAAAAUAUCAGAAACUUUGAACAUCCCACGGAGCACCAUUCAAUUCAUUAUUAAAAAAUUGAAAUAAUAUGGCACCACAACAAACCUGCCAAGAGAGGGCCGCCCACCAAAACUCAUGGACCAGGCAAGGAGGGCAUUAAUCAGAGAGGCAACAAAGAGACCAAAGAUAACCAAAGCUCCACAGAGGAGAUUGGAGUAUCUGUCCAUAGGGCCACUUUAAGCCAUACACUCCACAGAGCUGGGCUUUAUGGAAGACUGGCCAGAAAAAAGCCAUUGCUUAAAGAAAAAAAGAAGCAAACACGUUUAGUGUUCGCCAAAAGGCAUGUGGGAGACUCCCCAAACGUAUGGAAGAAGGUACUCUGGUCAGAUGAGACUAAAAUUGAGCUUUUUGGCCAUCAAGGAAAACGCUAUGUCUGGCGCAAAUCCAACACCUCUCAUCACCCCGAGAACACCAUCCCCACAGUGAAGCAUGGUGGUGGCAGCAUCAUGCUGUGGGGAUGUUUUUCAUCGGCAGGGACUGGGAAACUGGUCAGAAUUGAAAGAAUGAUGGAUGGCGCUAAAUACAGAGAAAUUCUUGAGGGAAACCUGUUUCAAUCUUCCAGAGAUUUGAGACUGGGACGGAGGGUUCACCUUCCAGCAGGACAAUGACCCUAAACAUACUGCUAAAGCAACACUCAGGUGGUUUAAGGGGAAACAUUUAAAUGUCUUGGAAUGGCCUAGUCAAAGCCCAGUCCUCUGCAAGCCACUGUAUAAAUCAGUAAAUUGCCACAUAAACGUUAAGGAUUAAGGAAAGAAUCAUUGCAUCAUACCAUCAAACUCACUUUGCUAGCAGGUAAGCAGUUCCUUUAGGCACAGGCUUCUAGUGAAUAUGUUGCCCCUAACUUGUAUUUUAUUUCCUUAAUUCCUUCCUGUAGCACAUUCUAUGGGCCUAUUUGUUAUUCAUUCUGUGAUGAUUAAGAUUUUCUCUAGUACAACUAGCUAAGGUAGGCUCACUGCGAGAACAUUGAUUUUGAGGGAUGUCUCACAAGGAGCUGAGUGAGAGGGAGGGAAAGUGUGUUUUUGUCAUCAUGCAUUUCCAGAUACAUUACAAUUUGGGAUCAGAGUCGAGUAAACCUGUUGUUAUGGAAUAAUGGAAACGUAUUGUUGUUGUAAGUGCAGUAGUCUCACCGUCACUGAGAUGUAUUCUUUUGAACUGCAGUCUCUUUUAUAUAUAUACAGUGGGGAGAACAAGUAUUUGAUACACUGCAGAUUUUGCAGGUUUUCCUACUUACAAAGCAUGUAGAGAUCUAAAACAAAAAUCCAGAAAAUCACAUUGUAUGAUUUUUAAGUAAUUAAUUUGCAUUUUAUUGCAUGACAUAAGUAUUUGAUCACCUACCAACCAGUAAGAAUUCCGGCUCUCACAGACCUGUUAGUUUUUCUUUAAGAAGCACUCCUGUUCUCCACUCAUUACCUGUAUUAACUGCACCUGUUUGAACUCGUUACCUGUAUAAAAGACACCUGUCCACACACAAUCAAACAGACUCCAACCUCUCCACAAUGGCCAAGACCAGAGAGCUGUGUAAGGACAUUAGGGAUAAAAUUGUAGACCUGCACAAGGCUGGGAUGGGCUACAGGACAAUAGGCAAGCAGCUUGAUGAGAAGGCAACAACUGUUGGUGCAAUUAUUAGAAAAUUGAAAAUUGAAAAGUUCAAGAUGACGGUCAAUCACCCUCGGUCUGGGGCUCCAUGCAAGAUCUCACCUCGUGGGGCAUCAAUGAUCAUGAGGAAGGUGAGGGAUCAGCCCUGAACUACACGGCAGGACCUGGUCAAUGACCUGAAGAGAGCUGGGACCACAGUCUCAAAGAAAAUCAUUAGUAACACACUACGCCGUCAUGGAUUAAAAUCCUGCAGCGCACGCAAGGUCCCCCUGCUCAAGCCAGCGCAUGUCCAGGCCCGUCUGAAGUUUACAUUUUAGUCAUUUAGCAGACGCUCUUAUCCAGAGCGACUUACAGGAGCAAUUAGGGUUAAGUGCCUUGCUCAAGGGCACAUCAACAGAUUUUUCACCUAGUCGGCUUGGGGAUUAGAACCAGCGACCUUUCGGUUACUGGCACAACGCGCUUAACCACUAAGCUACCUGCCGCCAUGACCAUCUGGAUGAUCCAGAGGAGGAAUGGGAGAAGGUCAUGUGGUCUGAUGAGACAAAAAUAGAGCUUUUUGGUCUAAACUCCACUCGCCGUGUUUGGAGGAAGAAGAAGGAUGAGUACAACCCCAAGAACACCAUCCCAACCGUGAAGCAUGGAGGUGGAAACAUCAUUCUUUGGGGAUGCUUGUCUGCAAAGGGGACAGGACGACUGCACCGUAUUGAGGAGAGGAUGGAUGGGGCCAUGUAUCGCGAGAUCUUGGCCAACAACCUCCUUACCUCAGUAAGAGCAUUGAAGAUGGGUCGUGGCUGGGUCUUCCAGCAUGACAACGACCUGAAACACACAGCCAGGGCAACUAAGGAGUGGCUCUGUAAGAAGCAUCUCAAGGUCCUGGAGUGGCCUAGCCAGUCUCCAGACCUGAACCCAGUAGAAAAUCUUUGGAGGGAGCUGAAAGUCUGUAUUGCCCAGCGACAGCCUCGAAACCUGAAGGAUCUGGAGAAGGUCUGUAUGGAGGAGUGGGCCAAAAUCCCUGCUGCAGUGUGUGCAAACCUGGUCAAGACCUACAGAAAAUGUAUGAUCUCUGUAAUUGCAAACAAUGGUUUCUGUACCAAAUAUUAAGUUCUGCUUUUCUGAUGUAUCAAAUACUUAUGUCAUGCAAUAAAAUGCAAAUGAAUUACUUAAAAAUCAUACAAUGUAAUUUUCUGGAUUUUUGUUUUAGAUUCCGUCUCUCACAGUUGAAGUGUACCUAUGAUAAAAAUGACAGACCUCUACAUGCUUUGUAAGUAGGAAAACCUGCAAAAUCGGCAGUGUAUCAAAUACUUGUUCUCCCCACUGUAUAUACAGUACCAGUCAAAAGUUUGGACACACCUACUCAUUAAAGGUUUAUUUUAAUUUUUACUAUUUUUUACAUUGUAAAAUAAUAGUGAAGACAUCAAAACUAUGAAAUAACGCAUUUGGAAUCAUGUAGUAACCCAAAAAGUGUUUAACAAAUCAAAAUAUAUUUUAAAUUUGAGAUUCUUCAAAGUAGCCACCCUUUGCCUUGAUGACAGCUUUGCACACUCUUGGCAUUCUGUCAACCAGCUUCACCUGGAAUGCUAUUCCAACAGUGUUGAAAGAGUUCCCACAUAUGCUGAGCACUUGUUGGCUGCUUUUCCUUCACUCUGCGGUCCAACUCAUCCCAAACCAUCUCAAUUGGGUUGAGGUCGGGUGAUUGUGGACGCCAGGUCAUCAGAUGCAGCACUCAAUCACUCUCCUUCUUGGUCAAAUAGCCCUUACACAGCCUGGAGGUGUGUUGGGUCAUUGUCCUGUUGAAAAACAAAUGAUAAUCCCACUAAGCGCAAACCAGAUGGGAUGGCGUAUCGCUGCAGAAUGCUGUGGUAGCCAUGCUGGUUAAGUGUGCCUUGAAUUCUAAAUAAAUCACUGACAGUGUCACCAGCAACGCACACCCACACCAUCACACCUCCUCCCCCAUGCUUCACGGUGGGAACCGUACACGCGGAGAUCAUCCGUUCACCUACUCUGCGUCUCACAAAGACACGGCGGUUGGAACCAAAAAUCUCAAAUUUGGACUCCUCCGGUCUAAUGUCCAUUGCUCGUGUUUGUUUGCCCAAGCAAGUGUCAUCUUAUUAUUGGUGUCCUUUAGGAGUGGUUUCUUUGCAGCAAUUCGACCAUGAAGGCCUGAUUCACGCAGUCUCCACUGAACAGUUGAUGUUGAUAUGUGUCUGUUACUUGAACUCUGUGAAGCAUUUAUUUGGGCUUCAAUUUCUGAGGCUGGUAACUCUAAUGAACUUAUCCUCUGCAGCAGAGGUAGCUCUGGGUCUUCCUUUCCUGUAGCGGUCCUCAUGAGAGCCAGUUUCAUCAUAGCGCUUGAUGGUUUUUGCGACUGCACUUGGAGAAACGUUCAAAGUUCUCGAAAUGUUCCGUAUUGACUGACCUUCAUGUCUUAAAGUAAUGAUGGACUGUCGUUUCUCUUUGCUUAUUUGAGCCGUUCUUGCCAUAAUAUGGACUUGGUCUUUUACCAAAUAGGGCUAUUUUCUCUAUACCCCCUCCACCUUGUCACAACACAACUGAUUGGCUCAAACGCAUUAAGAAGGAAAUAAAAUCUACAAAACAUAAAUAAAAAAUGUCUCUGUUAUCUGUUAUUUGUGGACAUUGAUAUGAUGCUUUGACUUGUUUAUGACAUCUCUGAAAUAUUUGCAUUAACUCUGAAACAGUCCACUGUGUACCUCAAAUACACAUAUUUUUAUGUUAUCUCCUGUUUACUUGUUUCAACAAUGUUUGUAAUUUCACCCACAAUAUGCAUUGAAAUGGGAAACAUGUUCUGGACUGCUGAUUUGACUCCCAGCUCAUCAUAAUGUCGGUUAUUGGACGGUAGAUUCAGUGAUGGCCAGCCACUUGAGACAUAUUUACAUAUUAGUAUUGAAGAGAAUGGCGAAGGCUUAGUAAGACAGUUUACAUCUCUAUCACGGUUGCGAUUGGGCUGAUAUGCCCUUACUGAUUGUGGAGCCUCUGCAUAGAUCCUUCAACUAAUUGCUCUUGGCAGGUCCAAAGGUAUUUAACUGACACUUAACACCUCACAAAGGUUGUUGAAUGUGCUGCUGGAAUAAAACCCAUCCCCUGUAGAUUAUUGCUCAGAUGGGCUAGUGGAGCGGCAGCAGCUGAGCUGACAGGCUGGUUGUUAACACAAAAAAAUGAACUCUUCCAGAACGUCAUUUUACUCCUGCUCUACCUGAACACGUAGAGGAACUAAUAAACUCUCGCUGUCUUGUUUUCUCUUGGAUUAUACCAGGGAUAGCUUGUAUCAUGUGAACCAUCCAUGGUUCUAAGACUAUUUUCCUUGUGUAAGGAAUGUUGUGUUAGAGGAAAGCUGUCAUGUUAUGUUUUCAGGAUCUGAUGAUUGCUCAGUGGAUGUCAGUUUUAGGAGAUUCAACCCUAAGAUCAACUUGCCGGAUGUCCUUGGGAAUUGAAACCACUGAAUGAACUUCAACGUUGUAACACUUGUAUAUUUUUUACAGAAAUCGACAAAGGAGGGUGUGGGGAUCCUGGCAUCCCGGCCUACGGCAGAAGAACAGGGGAGCGUUUUUUACACGGCGACAUGCUGACGUUCGAGUGUCAGGCGGCCUUCGAGUUGGUCGGCGAGAGAAUGAUAUCAUGCCAGCAAAACAACCAGUGGUCUGGAAACAAACCCAGCUGCGUGUGUAAGAUACCAUUUAAAAAUGCAUGACUUUAAUUAACAGCGCUGUCAUUGAGAUUGAUCCAUCUGAUACACCGACACCGUCCCAACAGUCCGAGGGAACCAGCCAGCUAGGGAAGGAAGGUGAUAUGGCUAUCCCCACUGACUCAUGUAAAGCUGCCAUCAUCUCUCGGGGCUUGGUCAACACUCCCGCUGUCUAUUUUGGAAAACCAUACAUGGGUGGUCCAUGGGUGGUCCUCUGUAACUCAGCUGGUAGAGCACGGCGCUUGUAACGCCAAGGUAGUGGGUUCGAACCCCGGGACCACCCAUACACAAAAAAAAAAAUGUAUGCACGCAUGACUGUAAGUUGCUUUGGAUAAAAGCGUCUGCUAAAUGGCAUAUUAUUUAUUAUUAUUAUAUUAUUAUACAAUUCAAAGAUCAUUACCACCAUAAUUUAGACACUGAGCUUAUUCAUUAUAGUUUCUAUACAGAGGCCUUAAGAGUUCUUUUUUGAGAAGGGAGACUUUUCAGAUGUAAAGUAAGAGCCUCUGCUGCAGGUAAUGCUGUAUUGUUAGAGUUCAAUCUUUUCAACCAUCCAACAAGGGUUAAGCAGCUAAUCAGCCAAGGGCAAUCAGCUCUUGGUUCUAUGCACUCACUACUGUAAGUCGCUCUGGAUAAGAGUGUCUGCUAAAUGACUAAAAUGUAAAAGUUAAAUAUCCUCUACUGUCAUGACACUGGGUUAUAUUCUUCCACCUAGUACAGUGAAUAGAAUGUGUAGCACCUGAAGCAUUCAAAGGAAAGCAUGUAUCCGUCCCAUUUCAAACAAAACGUCUUCAGUGAUGUCUUAUAAAAUAGCUAAUUUCGCUCACUGUGUGAUGCAUCAAAGCAUGAUGGCAGAUCUGUGUGUGUGUGUGUGUGCCCCUAUCUAUUUUUACAGUCUCCUGCUUCUUCAAUUUCACCACCCCAUCAGGAAUAAUCCUCUCCCCCAACUACCCCGAGGAGUAUGGGAACAACAUGAACUGUGUGUGGCUCAUUAUCGCAGAGUCAGGGAGCAGGAUUCAUCUCAUUUUCAGCGACUUUGAGGUAGAGCCCCAGUUUGACUACCUCAUUGUGAAAGACGACGGGAUGUCAGAGCCCACCACAUUCGGCACGUUCUCCGGGAAGGACGUACCCUCUCAGAUCGCCAGCAACGGACACAUCAUGCGCCUGGAGUUCCAGUCUGACCACUCCAACACUGGGAAAGGAUUUAACAUCACUUACACAAGUAAAUAUUGGAGAUUUUGCAAUAUUUUGUAGACUCGAGGCCCCUCACAAUGUCUUCUGUUAUGCAAUUCAGAACUGCCUGUGGCACAACUACUGAGUCAAGUUGUCUCUUUAGUGCUUCAGAUGUGUGCAAUCAAAUACUUAGUCAGGUAUACUCUCACAAGGGAGCUAACGAAUCAACAUUAUUAACAAUCUUCAAUUAGAGGAUCCCUAUCUGAGAAUGGAGCUCCAUUAGCUAGAACUGUGGUACUAUUGUAUUUAACAAUUUGUAUGGCCAAAGAUUUGUGUAUACACGUUUAUCUUUUACCCAUAAUUAAAAUCAGGAAAAUCUCAUUUGAAUUAUUACUAAUUCUAUUACAUUUGAUUAACUGGUCUAAAGAUAUACGUAGUGCAUCACUUUUACUACUUACCCAUACAUUUUAUUUAAUUAUUUCCCACUGGGCACACGCUGGUUAAAUCAACAUUGUUUCCACGUCAUUUCAAUGAAAUUACAUUGAACCAACGUGGAAUAGACGUUGAAUUGACGUCUGUGCCCAGGGUGUUCACUCUGUUUUCUAUUCAACAGAUGACAUUUGCCCUUUUCUCUCAAUACUACACCAUUUAAAAGGGCCUUGGGAAUGUUUGGCAUUUUAAUCAUUUACAAUAUUAACAUUUUAAUGCAUAUUUUAAUGCAAAUGUGUCUACCAGUCGGCCCCAAACAUGUUUUAUUUGUAAACACGAGAUAAGAAAAACAAUAGUACUGCAAGACAAUUCCGAACCUUGAAGGUAAACAUUUAAAGCCAUACAUUUUAAAUGUUUUGCUGAUAAUUUAGAGACAGUAUCAUGGAACAGGAAACAGCAAUGGUAGAGAGAGGUCUGUUCGGGUCCUCUGCCUCGAAAUAGACACACUGUGGCACAAAAAUAUUGAACUGAUCCGGGUGUGCCCAAUGUUAAUGGAAUUAUGCUUGUGCCACACCGAGCUGAAAUUAGGUCUGAAUAUUGCUGUCCCCAGUGCCUGUUUGCUAUCUCUAGGACACAUCGUCUCAUUGCACUCCCCUGGCCUGGGAGACAAUGCAGCGACAUGUCUCUCCUCCACAGAGGAACAGAGGAAGGCUGCAGUGGUGGGGAAGGUUAAUGAAAUGAAGGAGGAUGUUGUUACUGUUCUUAUUCCACAUCAGCAUCCGCUGGACCCUCCUGUCAGUGACUAAGACAGGGAUGGGGGGGGGGGUUCUCGUUGGGGAGGUGUCUGCCAUGUGAUGGGGAUGGCUGGGGAGCCGGUGGUGUGGCAUCUCAAUAGCAGCGCCAUAGAACUGGCGUGUCGCUGUGUCAGGAGGAGAGGGACAUGUCUCCCAAUCUGGCAUGGGGAGUUACUGUCAGCAAGCAGGAGUGUAAUAACAAUGAGCCAGGGAAAUGAGUGUUGCCUCCAUGGCGUCAGUCUUCACCACUGUGCUGUGUUCAUUUUGUUGGCUGAUUAGCAUCUAUUCUCAAUGACUAAAUAAUUAACCAGGUUGUCAUCGUGUUCUCUGGGAUAAGACAAAUUAGUUAAAUGUGACAUAGAAUCCAGUUUGAUGUCUUCUUAUUGAUUAAAAAACAGCAACACUGAAAAACACUGAAACCAGUUUUAUUUUCCUCUCUAGCGUUUGGUCAGAAUGAAUGCCACGACCCCGGCAUCCCAGUCAAUGGCCAGCGGUAUGGGGAGCACUUCUUGUUGGGGAGCUCCGUGCUUUUCACAUGUGAUGAAGGCUUCAUCAAAACCCAUGGGUCUGAGUCCAUAACCUGCAUCAUUCAGGAUGGCAACGUUGUGUGGAAUGCAGCAGUUCCUCGGUGUGAAGGUACUGUAUAAUGUUGAACAAUAAUCCAUGUAAUCCUAUAAGUAGACAGUCUGCCAAUGUCAUCCUGACUCCCUUGGGUUGGAGUGGGUGGGCACUGGGCAUGUCAUGUAGGGGGUCUGCUUUAUUGUUGUCUAUUGGUGUAACAUUGUAGAAAGUGUGCUACAACUCAAAAAUAACUAGUAAAGUUUCCCCUUGACAGUCUAUAUGGAUAAAUGCUGCAUGCUGUUGCAUAUAGACUUGUAAGCUCUCUAUGUCAGAACAUUGCCACUAAGAUAUGUUCCCCUCUAGCACCAUGUGGGGGACAUUUAACAGCUCCAACCGGAGUUCUGCUGUCACCUGGCUGGCCAGGAUACUACAAAGACUCUUUGAACUGUGAAUGGGUCAUUGAAGCCAGCAAAGACCAUGCCAUCAAGAUAUCCUUUGACAGGUUUCUAUUUUGUUUCAAAUGUGUCUUAUCCCUGAUGAAGCUAUUUCAAUCAUUCCAUUUGAGAUAAUCUGCCAUGAUAGGCUACAUAGAAAUGUUUGGAUGAAAUAGUAGCUUCUAAUUCACUUCUCUUUUCGCUCCUUUUCUGUCUGUCUGUUUCCAUGUAGAUUCCAGACCGAGGUUAAUUAUGACACACUGGAGAUUCGGGAUGGCCCCUCCAACUCCUCUCCUUUAAUCGGAGAGUAUCAUGGCACUCAGGCGCCCCAUUUUCUCAUUAGCACCAGCAAUUACAUGUACCUGCUAUUCACCACGGACAACAGUCGCUCCAGCGUGGGCUUCCAGAUCCGCUAUGACAGUGAGUUCUACUGUUUUCAAUUUGAAAUGUAUCCACAGGGCUACCUUUGAAAAGUGGAGGACAUUGUGUUGUCAAUCCACACAUUGUUUCAUGGCUACAACGGCUGGUGCAAUCUCACUUUACUGUGUGUGCUGCUGAUGUCAAUAUUAACUCAGCUCGUGUGUGGGUGUUGUGAUCAUAUUGAAGUGGUGUAGGAGCUGUGAAAUUAGAUUUACACUUCAUUUGGAUAACUUGUCUUCAUUGGGGUUGUUGCCUGAACAGGGCUGCGAUUUAAAUGCCAAAAAAAUGUGAGAUUAGGUAGGGAAACCUAAUUUAACUCAUGAGAUGUAACUUGAUUAUAUCACUAAUAAUAGCAAUAGGCUGUGGUUUGCAAUACGAUUAUUAAGUAAUCUAUCAAUAAUUGAAUAGCGUUGUAAAAUAGCUAGUCUAAUUCUUUCUCCAAAUUCUAUGAUAUGCCAAAAUAUCUUAGGAAUGUUAAAAAGGAAAACAUAACUGUGGAAUGAAAGUGAUGUCACAAAGGCUGUUUUAAAUUAAUGCUUUGGGGUGUGUUCGUAAAUUCAAUCUGGAGUGCCAGAGUGCACUCAGAGUACGCUCUGGGCAUUCGUAAAUUCAGAGCGUUGUCAGAUUGUCCGUUCGUAAAUUCAGAGCGGUUCGCUUUCUGAGCGUUCAGAGCACACACUGGACGCUCUGGCCGAGUUGUAGGGUUGAUCGGAGUGUUCUGACCUCACAACGGCAGUCAAGCACCCAAGCUAACUGGCUAAUGUUGGCUAGCUUUCUAGCUACUUCCAGACACAAAUGAGAGAACACCUCACUCUGACCAUUUUACUCGCGCUAGCAGAGCUGUUUAGGCUGUUUUCAUGUUAUCCAGAGCGUUAGUGACUGUAACUGUGCUGCUGGCAACAAUUUAAUUACGCUUUUUUGCCGACGUUUACUGACACCGGCCAUAAUCAACGGGUGUUGCGUGUUCGUAAAUCCAUCAGUUAUUCUGCACUCUGGAAUCGGAGUAGAUAACCGGAGCGAAUUUACAAACGCACCCUUAGAGAGAAUGAUUUCGUAAAUAACAUUAUACAACGGGUGGGUCUAAUCCUGGAUGCUGAUGGGUUAAAACCGCAUUCCAGCCGGUGUCUAUUCCACAAGUUACCACCGGCUAAAGCUAUGACGUUAAAAUGCCUAUUUACUCUGUUCCAUCUCACUGCGCAAUUCACUGUCUCAUCAGCCCAGCCAGGCAAUUUAUAAACUUGAUCUCCACUAUAAAAAGCACCUAGACAUUAUCUCCCAUUUCUUUUAGACUAGCAUUUGGUUUUCAACAGCGGAGAUUUAUAUAAACCUUGCUGUCUGUCUCGCCGACAUUUGCAACAUUGUUUCAAUAUUGAAAUUUGAUCUCCAGCUGUCCCACAGCCAGUCGAAAUCAUGAAUCAGCAUCAUUUUUAUGGAUAUAUACAAAGAACUAUCAAUAGAAAACAGGUAAAACUAAACUAAGUGCAGCUAGUUUGAAGUCUUUCCAGCUUCAGUUUGAAAUGAUUGUGUUAGCUGUGUUGUUGGCUAGCUCCUCUGAACUACAGUGUGCUGACGAGAGAGCACAUUUUCUAUGCCAUGUGAAAUUGCGCAACAUUAGCUCAUUGUUAUGGAUGUAUCCAAAUAAAUGUCACUAGAAAACAGCUUUGUUGUUAUUCUGGCUGCACUGUUUGACGUGACUGUAAGUUAGCCGUAUUUGGCUAGCUAGCAAACAAGGGAUAAGGACGUUGCCAGCCAAUAUGGCAAUGGAACAUUUAGAACGAAAAGAUCAAUAGAUACAGAACAAAAAUAAGACUGAACGACUGGGUCGCGUCUCUAGCAACCGAACCGAUAGAACGAACAACCAGCCGGCUUGGGUAGCAUCCCUAGAUUUGUGUCGGGACUAUAUCUUGUGGAAAGAUUAAAUAGUAUGAAUAAAUUAAUCAAAAUAACUUUUUUUUAAGAAAAAUAUGUCAGUCAUUAUUUGAAUAUGUUGGUAAUCCGUUGUAUAAAAGUGAUAAUGCCCUCGAAGACAGUGUUCGUCUCGGGCCUAACAACACCCAUGCUAAUAUAUCCUCCAAACACCGGGUUCAAUGGCAUUAUCACUUAAAUGUACAACUGCCAUCCAUCAGUCUACUAUGAUAGAGAACAUAUUCUCUUCCAAGAGUGGAGUACAUACUUACUUUAAUCAGGCUUCCAUACUACAUACUCACUAAUUAAUGCCCUAAAUGGUGUUUUCUAAACAUAUUUGAUGUAUUUUAUUGGGAAAAACUCCUUAAUAAAAUAUACAUUUGAUUAUUAUUACAAUAUUUCUUAUGAGGACAACCCUCCACCAAGGGAUGAAAUAGAAUGAGAGGGGGAAGGAGAGAGAACUCCUUGUGGCUCCCUCUCAUGAUUUAUACAGUAAAGAGCGAUUCUGACACCAUCUUCUAUUCAAUUUAAGGCCUGAAGGUGAAAUUAAAUAGCUAUUUCUAUCCCCACAGGCGUUAUGAUGGAAACAGAUUCCUGCUUAGAUCCUGGGAUCCCAGUCAAUGGAAAGCGGUAUGGGAACAAUUUUGCCAUUGGGACCAGGGUGACAUUCAGCUGUGAUCAAGGAUAUACGCUGAGCGAUGAGAAACCAAUCGUGUGCGAGAGGAACCAUCAGUGGAACCAUGCACUGCCCAGCUGUGAUGGUAGUGUACCCCGAUCUAGCACCGUCCAACCCUUCUUUCCUCUCCUUUUCCAUGUUCCUGUCAGGUGCACUUACAUGCAUGGCAGCACUUACUCGGCCAUCACCCCUUCUCCUCAUACUCCCCAUCACAUUCACAGAGAGAGAUGUGGGAGACACAGCACACUGCUAACCAAUCGCUCUGUCUUAUCUGGUGGAAAGGGUACACCUCUUUGACAACCCUAAGGGGCUGAGUUCUUUGAUUCCUGAUGAGAGGAAAGGUAACUAGAAUAUGCACACUUAAGAUAACUUUGAGCGGCAGACAACAGAGAGUCUGAGAGUUGGUAGGCAGGGUGGAGAUUCUGCAAGAAGACAUCAUUCCAACCGCUUAUCUCAUUUGUUUCCCGCUACUUGGGAUAAAAAUAACCUUGUACAGCAUUUCCCCCCCCCCCCCCAGUAAAUGGAGUAGAUCAUCAGGUUUUGGUCGUCCAAUAUCAUCCUCCAGACAACGAGUUUAUAAGCUGUGUCUUCUAUUCUAGCUGAGUCUAAUUCAGACUGUUCUCAUCUGAACUUGACCUUCAUGAUUGACAGUGGUGGCAUUUCCACAUCCCAUUCAGAUAUGUAAAACGUUUGCUGCCGUUGUAUCUGCCUCUUUGUCCCUCUUACUCACUCUAUCAUUUCACAAGGGGGCUGUAGGCAUAUGCAAUAGACAGGUCCUGUUCCAGGCAAAGCUGCUAUCUGAUUUUUAAAUGGGAUUUAUCACUCAUUCAUUUCAGGAAUAGAUACAAUGUUUUAUAUUAGACUGAGGAUUAGGGCAUAAUCCUUUUUGCGAAUGGUGAGAAAUAAUGAACCACAGAACACAGAACGAUCACAGAACAUAACAUUGAUCAUCCAUCAUUGGUUUGUUCUUGUAGUGUCGUUCUUAGAACCCUCAUUCUUAGACGUCGCAGCAGGAAUGCACGCUUCACUUCCUGUAGAAAUGGUCCACUAGUCCUGCACCCUGAGCACCUGCCUCCUCCCUGCCCACUGCUGCGUUUAUGGUGGAAGCAGGAGUUAAUCUCUUAAAAGCGGGGCCAGCUUUAUUUUUUACAUUUUACAUUCUAGUCAUUUAGCAGACGCUCUUAUCCAGAGCGACUUACAGUUAGUGAAUACAUAUUAGAUCCUAGAUUAAGUUCCCUUUAUGAUUAUUUUAUUUAUGACAAAGACGGUACUAUAUGGAUUGUUCACGCCCACAAAUGUGUCUUGUCCAUGUCCCUUUGUGAUAACUAUACCAGAAGUAAUUUUUAAUGAUUUCCAAGGAUCCCUCACGUUGGGGCAAUCAAGUACAACAAAAAUAUCUUCCCCUCUUCCUUCCAACGGGAUGAAUCAGACCUCAGUACAUAUAUAGAUGCUUGUUGGGAUACCAUGCAAUUAUGAGAUUUUUAUUUGUCUCACACUCAAAAGAGCCAUCCUCGCUGAUUAACUUUCAGUGGUAGCCUUGGGCGAGUAUGAUAACACGCGACAUGAGCCCCAUUUAAUCACCAGCAUCUCCAUACCCUACGGAAUCGGGUAUAAUUGCAAGUGCCAACUCCAUACUAUCUUGGGAACGCCUUUUUCAGCUAUUUUCACAGCAUUUAACUGAUACUCACACCAAUUAAAAAUGCUGAGUGACUCAACCUCACAGGCUAGAGGUUGUGGACCUCUGUUUGUCUAUUCACAUACACAUUCAUGCUACAAAUGUCAUGCUUCACAAUCACAGGAAAUACAAUUAUCCCGUGAUACAUACACAGAAGCCAUAGUAGAUUAGCAUAUUUCCUUUAAGGGCAUUCCUUUAACUUGUUUUUUAUUUUCAUUCAUCUCGUAAUUAAGGCAGUGACAAGUUGUUGUUUAGACGACUCUGCCUGACUGUCUCCACUGACAGGACCUUUCCUGUCAGAAUUCUGCCUCGGUUAUUAAGUUCCCUUUUGAUCUUCCCAGACAGACUCACUAUCAGCAUACAGUAUCCCAAGUCUUCAUCUUACUCAGCCCUAGCUGGGUAAUCUCUGAGGCUUUUCAUCUGGGAACAUGAUGUGUCUAUGUCUGUGUUUCACACUGUCAUCAGAUUUGUCUCUACAAAUAACAUGGAGGAGAAACUAAAAGUUUGUUUAGAACAUUUACUAAGUGCAAAAGAGAUCCUCUUACACCCAGGGAUAUUUUUUUGCAGUCUCUGACCUAGAUUCGGGUAUUAAACCACCCGGAUUCUUUUUAUUUAUGUUGCAAUUUCUUUGAGCAAUUUUCAGUGAUAUUGCCAUACUGAUCAAAAAUCAAAUGAUACAAGUUCAUAAUCUUUUGCAUCUUUAUUUAUUUAAAUGCUGUUAUAAUAAAUUUUUCAAAACCCCCCUGAUUGUUACACAAAAAAAAUUGCAUGAAUGAAUCAUUAAAGGGCAACUCCGCCACUUUUCGUUAUCUCUGCAACAAACAAGUGUCUACAUAUGUGAAAACUGAGCAUUUCUACAUUUUGUAGAAUAAAAACCCAUUAAAAAGCUCUUCCCGAUGACAUCGUCAAAAGUUUAAACAUUUUAAAAACAGUGAUUUUCAAACAUUAUGAGAUUCGCGGUGACAUGAGGAGCAAGAAAAUACCCUCCCUAGCUAGAAACACGUUGCAGGUUUGAAAACUAAUAUGUUUCUUAAUUUUAAUCCUACCCUGUGAUGUCACAGAGCGCUGUUUUCACAUAUGCUGGUUUGGUGCUGGAGAUAAUGAAUAUGAGAUUGAAAAGUAGCGGAAUUACACUUUGAUAAUGGAAACGUUCAGUUCUCAAAAUAUGGGAGUUAAAAAAAACUAACAAUGCCUCAUUCAACUCAUUCAUGAUGUGUUUCAUUUUGUUUCCCUUAGCGUUGUGUGGUGGUUAUAUCUUUGGUAAAAAAGGAACCAUUCUCUCCCCUGGGUUUCCUGAUUUCUACCCAAACUCAUUGAACUGCACAUGGACAAUAGAGGUGUCUCAUGGUAAAGGUAAGACGUAUUAAUAGCUCUCUACCGUAAGAACCAACCAAUCAUUUGUUGCAGCAACUGAGUGAGUAAAAACCGCUGUGACUAGCCCUACAGCACCCCAAUUUGAAUGAUGAAUCUCUAUAUCCUCAUUAACAUUAAGCCCCAGCACUCCCUUAGGGCUGGUGUGACGUGGAUACAGGGUUUUUGAUGUGUGACUUAGGGAGGCCUAAUCUUAUCUGAAACUCUCCAGGAGUGCAGCUGCUCUUCCAUACGUUCCACCUGGAGGACUCCCAUGAUUACCUGCUCAUCACAGAGGAUGGCAGCUUCACGGAACCCGUGGCCAGGCUCACUGGCUCCGUCCUGCCCCCCUCCAUCAAGGCCGGCCUGUUUGGAAACUUUAGCGCCCAGCUCCGCUUCGUCUCCGACUUCUCCAUGUCCUAUGAAGGUUUCAACAUGUCCUUCUCAGGUGGGUGUCACGUAUUGUGUAUAAAGGGUGAUCAGCUGUUGAGGAUACAUUUUAAGAGUUCCUUUCAUGUAGAUUCAAAGAUAUGAGGUGACUUCAGUGAUUAGCAUUGGUGUAAAGUACUUCAGUAAAAAUACCUUAAAAUACUACUUAAGUCGUUUUUGGGGUAUCUGUACUUGACUUUACUAUUUAUAUUUUUGACUACUUUUACUUUUACUUCACUACAUUCCUAAAAAAAAUAUUGUACUUUUUCUCCAUACAUUUUCCUUGACACCCAAAAGUACUCGUUACAUUUUGAAUGCUUAGCAGGACAGGAAAAUGGUCCAAUUCAUGCACUUAUCAAAAGAACAUCCCUGGUCAUCCCUACUGCCUCUGAUCUGGCGGAUUCACUAAACACACAUGCUGGAAUGUUGGAGUGUGCCUCUGGCUUUCCGUAAAUAAAUAAAAUAAGAAAAUGGUGCCGUCUGGUUUGCUUAAUAUAAGGAAUUUGAAAUGAUUUAUACUUUUACUUUUGAUUCUUAAGUAUAUUUUAGUAAUUACAUUUACUUUUGAUACUUAAGUAUAUUUUAAACCAAAUACUUUUAGACUUUUACUCAAGUAGAAUUUUACUGGUUGACUUUUACUUUUACUUGAGGCAUUUUCUAUUAAGGUAUCUUUACUUUUACUCAAGUAUGACAAUUGGGUACUUUUUCCACCUCUGCUGAUUAGAACAUUGUUUUUGAUAAAAAAUGGAUUGAGGACUCGGCAGCCUAUUAAGUCAAUGUGAAGCAGUAACAGUUUAGACGUCAGUAGAUCAAAUGCUGAAAUAGUUGGUAUUUAUUUAUAGUGCAGGUGAUGGAGAAGACUGGCUCCAGAGUCGUAUCUACAAAGAUAUACAUUUACAUUUUAGUCAUUUAGCAGAUGCUCUUAUCCAGAGCGACUUACAGUUAGUGAGUGCAUACAUUUUUCAUACUGGCCCCCCGUGGGAACAGGUAAAUUCUAUACAAACUUCAAACAUGACAAAAAUACUUAAAGGCCCAGUGCAGGCACAAUUCUGUUUUUCCUAUGUUUUGUUUCAUAUGUGUACAACAGCUGAUGAAACUAACACUGUAAAAGUGUGGGGAAAAUGUGAUCAGUGUUAUUUUUUUGAGUUGCUGUUUGGAAAUACAAUCUACAGAGGACCUUCUAAUCAGCAGGUUUUGCAUGGGUGGAGUUUUGGCUUGCCUGAUGACAUGAUCGGGUGGUAUAAGUGAAUCAACCAAUUACAAUAAGAUUUCCGAACCUCUUUGCCAAUAACAGAUAGUUUUCAGGUUAAAUAUCCCUCCCGCUAGGCUCCUCCACUCAUGGAUUGAUCCACUCUGUGGUUAAUGCAUUGCAUUGGCACCCUUCCCCUCCCCACACAGACCACUCCUAGACAGUCCUAGCAAUUUUGUAGUUUUUUUGCUAUCAGAGUAAGUUACCAAACUGUUACCCAGAAAUGAUUUGAUAUUGAGAUAAAAAUGGCUGCAUUGGGUUUUUAAUAAACUUGCUCUGCCAAUAAUAUAAUAACCCGACUCGAGUACAAAUACAAACGCACCUCAAACACAGGGCAAAAUGCCCAUAAACAUCUGAGUAUGGCAGAGAUAUACAGUGGGGAAAAAAAGUAUUUAGUCAGCCACCAAUUGUGCAAGUUCUCCCACUUAAAAAGAUGAGAGAGGCCUGUAAUUUUCAUCAUAGGUACACGUCAACUAUGACAGACAAAAUGAGGGAAAAAAAUCCAGAAAAUCACAUUGUAGGAUUUUUUAUGAAUUUAUUUGCAAAUUAUGGUGGAAAAUAAGUAUUUGGUCACCUACAAACAAGCAAGAUUUCUGGCUCUCACAGACCUGUAACUUCUUCUUUAAGAGGCUCCUCUGUCCUCCACUCGUUACCUGUAUUAAUGGCACUUGUUUGAACUUGUUAUCAGUAUAAAAGACACCUGUCCACAAACUCAAACAGUCACACUCCAAACUCCACUAUGGCCAAGACCAAAGAGCUGUCAAAGGACACCAGAAACAAAAAUGUAGACCUGCACCAGGCUGGGAAGACUGAAUCUGCAAUAGGUAAGCAGCUUGGUUUGAAGAAAUCAACUGUGGGAGCAAUUAUUAGGAAAUGGAAGACAUACAAGACCACUGAUAAUCUCCCUCGAUCUGGGGCUCCACGCAAGAUCUCACCCCGUGGGGUCAAAAUGAUCACAAGAACGGUGAGCAAAAAUCCCAGAACCACACGGGGGGACCUAGUGAAUGACCUGCAGAGAGCUGGGACCAAAGUAACAAAGCCUACCAUCAGUAACACACUACGCCGCCAGGGACUCAAAUCCUGCAGUGCCAGACGUGUCCCCCUGCUUAAGCCAGUACAUGUCCAGGCCCGUCUGAAGUUUGCUAGAGUGCAUUUGGAUGAUCCAGAAGACGAUUGGGAGAAUGUCAUAUGGUCAGAUGAAACCAAAAUAGAACUUUUUGGUAAAAACUCAACUCGUCGUGUUUGGAGGACAAAGAAUGCUGAGUUGCAUCCAAAGAACACCAUACCUACUGUGAAGCAUGGGGGUGGAAACAUCAUGCUUUGGGGCUGUUUUUCUGCAAAGGGACCAGGACGACUUAUCCGUGUAAAGGAAAGAAUGAAUGGGGCCAUGUAUCGUGAGAUUUUGAGUGAAAACCUCCUUCCAUCAGCAAGGGCAUUGAAGAUAAAACGUGGCUGGGUCUUUCAGCAUGACAAUGAUCCCAAACACACCGCCCGGGCAACGAAGGAGUGGCUUCGUAAGAAGCAUUUCAAGGUCCUGGAGUGGCCUAGCCAGUCUCCAGAUCUCAACCCCAUAGAAAAUCUUUGGAGGGAGUUGAAAGUCUGUGUUGCCCAGCGACAGCCCCAAAACAUUACUGCUCUAGAGGAGAUCUGCAUGGAGGAAUGGGCCAAAAUACCAGCAACAGUGUGUGAAAACCUUGUGAAGACUUACAGAAAACGUUUGACCUGUGUCAUUGCCAACAAAGGGUAUAUAACAAAGUAUUGAGAAACUUUUGUUAUUGACCAAAUACUUAUUUUCCACCAUAAUUUGCAAAUAAAUUCAUUAAAAAUCCUACAAUGUGAUUUUCUGGAUUCUUUUUUCUCAUUUUGUCUGUCAUAGUACCUAUGAUGAAAAUUACAGGCCUCUCUCAUCUUUUUAAGUGGGAGAACUUGCACAAUUGGUGGCUGACUAAAUACUUUUUUUCCCCACUGUAGUAACAGCAUGUUACUUAGACAAACAUCCCUGAAUGAGGAUUGGGGAAUCCUAAAUAAUAACCCCAUCACCUGGGAUAAACCAUUUACACCUUUAAACAGGUAAAUUCUCACAGAACAGUGAUAACACACUUUAAAGUUAUUACAAUUACCCAUACAAUUACCCAAUGAACAUUCUAGUGGUCAAUACUUAACACGUUCAUGAAAACAAAUACAUAAUUAGCAUAAACAUGAACGUUUCCAAUAAACAAUGACAACACCUCAGAGAAACCAAAUAAGGAGAGGCUUGCAACCUGUGCCUAACCUGUGGUCUUCACCGGUGAGCUCAAGUAGGAGAAACUUCACAUUGGUGGUGAGUAGAGAAUAGGACAGGUUGGCGUUACCAAACAGAGGAAAUACAAACAUUUCAAAAUACAUAAUAAUAAUAACUAGUGAUGGGAAUCCGAGGCUUUCUGAAGGCUUCAGAGUUUUUGUCAAAUUGUGCAGAAAAAUUGUUCAUUACGCGGAUCUUCAUUAUCUGUUUACAAUGCACAUUAGUGACGUGCUGGUCAGCAAUAAAUAGCAGUGUGUGAUUAUCAGAUAUGUUUAUUUCUCCACUGUUUUAAAUCAAAACUCCAUGGCGCAGCGGUAAAUCGUUAAUUUCAGUAGCCUAUAAUCCGUUGGAGUACAAGGUUCUCAUCAUGCUUCCCUUUUUUGCCUUCAUGUUUAUUAUUUUUCUAAAACUAUAUCCAUGGCAUUAUUUAGGUUGCUUAAGACAGAAGCUUAUACUAUACUAAAUAAAACAAAUUAUUUGAACAACAGUGCAAAGUGUGGUUUCACAUAAAACAAUUGUCUAAAUAGUGUGCCUUCAACGGGAUUCGACCUCAUACCCUCAUGUCCCUGAAUAUGUCAUAGUUCCCUACUCUACCUGCGAAGCUACCUGUCAAGUGAAAAUAUAUAUAUAUAUAAAAUCCUAACUAUAUAUAUAUUUGUAAGUAUUGUGUUCAGUAGAAGUCGGUGUUUGAAAGCAGUUUGGAAUCGAAGAAAGCACCGAAACCAAGGAGAAAUCAGUGGGAUCUCACAUUUUGCAACACACAAUUUGAAAAAGAACGUGUUCAAACGAAGCAUUUGGAAGUCAUUGAUGACGUACUUCUGAUAAAGUGAUACACACAUGGCGUUCCAUACAGCACACUGCUUCGAAUGCCGUGUUCACAUGCUAGUUUGAUGGCAAUGACACUGUAGGUGAGAUCGAGGCUUCAGCAAUUUCAACGAAUGCUUCGAAGCUCCGGAAUCAAACGUAACAUCAUUAAUGAUAACAAGACCCUUUGACUGACCAGACUUUGAUUACAAAACACAUGUAUCAGUGUUUGAAGGGACAAGGGAUAGCAUGGUUAGCAAGCAAUGUUCAUACUAGCUGAGCAUUCUCAGCUCCACAAUAUGUAGGCUACAUCACAUCUCAAUGGAGUUGAGUGUUGAUGAGUUUUGGCGGAGUGUACCUCGGACUACAUCGAGUCGGUAUCAGACGAUACUUGUAAAAAUGUCAAUUCUUUAAAUCGUACCUUGUACCUAUGCUUGUCCUGUGUAAAGAUGUUGUUUUCUUUGGGUGUUGCAAUCCGUAGUUUUGGAUAAAAACGUCAUUCUAUGUGACCUCUGUCAAAUUGCACCACGUAAUCCACUGUUUUACAAUGGAAUAUGAAGUUAGUGACUUCAAACAUGCGCUACCACCCAAUACCUUUAUAAAUAGCAAUUAUUUAAUUACUUUGUACCUGUGCUUGUCCUGAUUGUUGUCAGUGGGAGUUGGGAUCCAUAGUUUUUGAUAAAAAAUAGCCUUCUAUGCAUCCCCUGACAAAACUACUAAAUAUGCAGUGCAAUGACGGGUUGCUCCUUAUCCGUUAACAAACAACUGCUCCCUUGGCGGUGGCCGUGUAAAAUGCUAUUUUUAUCAAAAAAUAUGGAUGGCAGCACCCAUAGAAAAGAACGCCUUUACACAGGACAAACAUAGGUAGGCUACAAGGUAUUCAUUAAAGACUGAUACCGACUCGAUGUAGUUGGAGGUACACUCCGCCAAAACUCAUCACUCAACUCCACUGUAUUAUACAACAGUGGAGUUGAGAAUUCGUACCAAGCAAUUGGUCAGUUUGUGUGGGGAGAGGGAGAGGCCCCACACGUGUAGAUAACUCAAAGGCAUAUCGUCGUCACACGUUGUACCUUUUUAACAAGGUAUACAAAUAACGGGCCAUAUAUGAAAACAUGUAUUUAAAAACUCUAAAAGCAAAAUGAUACUACAAUCAAAUUAUGGUAAAUCUGCAUCUUAGUACUAAUGUGGAUUGUACUUUGGGAAAAAAUGCAACAUUUUGCUAAAAUAACAGUCUGUUUUGAUACAUUUGUUUUCCAGAUAACAUUUACAUUUACCAGACGCUCUUAUCCAGAGCGACUUACAGUUAGUGCAUACAUUAUUCUUUUUAAUUUUCAUACCCCAUGGGAAUCGAACCCACAACCCUGGCGUUGCAAACGCCAUGCUCUACCAACUGAGCUACCUCCCUGCCGGCCAUCGUUAUUUAAAUGUCUAAUUAUGUUUUGAUAAGAAGAUGAAGUUGAUAUUUUACUAUGAUUGUUGCUUUUUUUCCAAUAGUUUCUUCUUGGGGUCAAAAUGACCCCAGUUAAAAUAUGUUGGCAGUUUGAGGGUUAAGAAACAUGUUGGCGAAAUCCACAGAGUACAGCCUAGAGCCUUGUGAAGACCCAGGAGUGCCAGCCUACAGCCGACGAGUUGGGUUCCAGUUUGGGGUGGGGGACUCUCUCAUUUUCUCCUGCUUCCCGGGUUAUCGUUUGGAGGGGGACCAUAAGAUCACCUGCCUAGGGGGAGGCCGGAGGGUCUGGAGUGGAGCCCUGCCAAGGUGUGUGGGUAGGUAGACACAUGCUUUCAUUUCAUUUGGACAAACUGGGAAUACUUGUACUUUGAAAUAACUUGUACUGUACUUUGCCAAUGGCAGGAGAAGGGGCUAUACUGAACAUAUAGUGUAAUGCAAGUGCAUGAGCUUGUUUCUAAUGGAUUGAUUGAUUGAGCUACACUACCGUUGAAAAGUUGGGGGUCACUUAGAAAUGUCCUUGUUUUCGAAAGAAACAUUUUUUUGUCCAUUAAAAUAACAUCAAAUUGAUCAGAAAUACAGUGUAGACAUUGUUAAUGUUGUAAAUGGCUAUUGUAGCUGGAAACGGCUGAUUUUUUAUGGAAUAUCUACAUUGGCGUAUAGAGGCCCAUUAUGAACAACCAUCAGUCCUGUGUUCCAAUGGCACGUUGUGUUUGCUAAUCCAAGUUUAUCAUUUUAAAAGGCUAAUUGAUCAUUAGAAAACCUUUUUGCAAUUAUGUUAGCACAGCUGAAAACUAUUGUGCUGAUUAAAGAAGCAAUAAAACUGGCCUUCUUGAGACUAGUUGAGUAUCUGGAGCAUCAGCAAUUGUGGGUUCGAUUACAGGCUCAAAAUGGCCAGAAACAAAGAACCUUCUUCUGAAACUCGUCAGUCUAUUCUUGUUCUGAGAAUGAAAGCUAUUCCAUGCGAGAAAUUGCCAAGAAACUGAAGAUCUCGUACAACGCUGUGUACUACUCCCUUCACAGAACAGCGCAAACUGUCUCCAACCAGAAUGGAAAGAGGAGUGGGAGGCCCCGGUGCACAAUUGAGCAAGAGAACAAGAGGACAAAUAUAUUAGAGUGUCUAGUUUGAGAAACAGACGCCUCACAGGUCUUCAACUGGCAGCUUCAUUAAAUAGUACCCGCAAAACACCAGUCUCAACGUCAACAGUGAAAAGGCGACUCCGGGAUGCUGACCUUCUAGGCAGAGUUGCAAAGAAAAAGCCAUAUCUCAGACUGGCCAAUAAAAAUAAAAGAUUAAGAUGGGCAGUCUGAGAUAUGGCUUUUUCUUUGCAACUCUGCCUAGAAGGUCAGCAUCCUGGAGUCGCCUCUUCACUUUUCUUUCGAAAACAAGGACAUUUCUAAGUGACCCCAAACUUUUGAACGGUAGUGUACAUUUCUGAAUAUUGUCAAAUGGUUAACAAUCUCAAGAAUAUAACUCAACUUGUCCCUAUGAUCAGUUAAGUACUCUUUUAUAAGCAGAGUUAGAAACCAAAGAUGAUUUGGCUGUCAUUUUGUCAUCCCCUACAAAUAACCAUGUGUUUUCUCAUAAAAAGUUCAGUAUAGAAAAUUAGUCAAUCACCCCACGUGAACCAAAUUAGAGUUUAAGCUCACACGACUCAAGGUCUACAGGCAACAUUUGCUUCUAUAUCUGAGGUACAACAUCAGAAUAUUAACUACAAGGACAUCUCAUUCCAGCACAGCCCUGAGCCUUAGUGACGAACACACACUUAAUGCAGAGAGCUGUUCAUUAAUUAAUAUUCCUCUCAAGUUUCUGUUGUGGAGAUUCAUAACAAUUCCAGCAAGGGAAACACCUGAUUUGCCCAUCAGUGGAUAACAGGGCAGCAGCUGCUGAAGUAUUCUGGGUUCAAACUGCUGAACGUUUGUGGUGAACUCUUCUCUUUCUGUUAAACUGCUCCUUCAAUGCCCCUGUUCAGUUUCAUAACGGACAGAUAUGAAUUUUCUCACAGGUCUUCUCUCUCUCUCUCUCUCUGUCUCUCUCUCUCUCUUUCUCUUGUAGCUAGGAAUGAGCAGCUUCUAGUGUGUAGGGAAAUAUGACAGUUCUCUAAAGAUAAUCAAGACAUUUUUCUGACUUUAAACGCAGAUUGCCAUGAAUGAAAUGUCUUAAUAUCAUACUCUCUCUCUCUCUCUCUCUCUCUCUCUCUCUCGCUCUCUCUCGCACUUUCUCUCCCUCUCUUGCACUUUCUCUCUCUCUGCCUAGCUGAAUGUGGAGCCACUACCGUUGGGUGUGAGGGGGUUCUGCUAUCACCCAAUUAUCCAUCCAAUUAUGACAAUAACCAUGAGUGCAUUUACCGCAUUGAGACGGAGGCAGGGAAGGGCAUCCGUGUCACGGCCACUAACUUCCUGCUCCACGAGGGGGAUUACCUGAAG